AUGGAUAUGCUAUCAUCGUUGAUUGGAUUUUUACUUGCAAUUUGUCUAACACUGGGAGUCCGUGGAGACAAGGGUAAGUUUACCGUCAGUUGUUGGUCAGUUCCCAAGAACGCAUGGGCUGUCAAGAAACGUGUCCGAAUGUAUCCGACACUACCCUUCAUUGGUGAUCUAAUUUUUGAAUUUGCUUUAAACUAUGAAAAAAACUGAAACCUCACAGUUUUUUAAUUAGGCCUGCGUCUUGGAGACUGACAGGGAAAAUAGCUUGUUUUUCUCAGCGUUGGAAAAACUCGUUUGGUUUUAAAGCGCAAGCUCCAUCUGUUUCAAAUCAGGAAUUUCAACACAUAGGCAGUGAAUGGCAUCAGAUAGACAUUGACUGAUAACCAGUAGGCUACUAUGUGUAGUGUAGGCGUACUGAUAUUUCACACAAAAUGUUCUCUCAACCUAGGCUUGAAAGACAACAAACACAAUUUCUCUCGGUGCACGCCGAAGGAACCGUGGGGUGUGAUAUGAGCUCCGGUUCUCCGUGUUAACGUGGGAACCGUUUCGUUUAGCAGCGGGGAUGAAGCCGUUCCCAUUCGUUAUCCUAGGUUGUCCAGAACAAUAUUGCUAUUCUACCUUUUUCGUACGCCAAGAGUAAUUUGACAAUAUUUCACCCAUGAAAAAUGACUGGGUGGUAUGCUAUUUGAUACACAAAAGCCAUUAUAUUAUGCCAAAAAAUAGGAGGUCAUUACAAUGUAAUAGAAGUUGCCAUAGCAUGGGGGGACAUGGUAAAAAGUUCCACUGCCGUUCAUGUUUGGCAGGUUUUGUAAUCUUAUGUUCACAAAAAAAGAAAAGAAAGAUGAACCCUAAAUACAUUAGCCUAUAAUAUCCUAAUGCCUCUUCUUUGUAGGGUGAUAAUAUAAUUAAAAAAUGGAGAGAAAAAAACUGUCCUACUUUCUUUUUGUUGUUGUGUUUCUUGGUUGAGUUAAUGAAUAAAUGCUAAACUCUAAACGCGUCUGUAGACAUAACAUAAUCCAUAGCCUAUCCAAAAUAAUGCGCCUCGAAGUGGUAUUUUGCUAUUAGUGGAUAAUGGCAAGAAUAUUAGUUAGACUAACCACCACCAUCAUAAUCAUCAUCAUCAUCAUUAACAUCAAUAAGUACACCAACAACAACAACUCGCUCAUUAUCUCCAGAGCCUAGUCUCGCAAUAAUUAUGGUGAUAGUUGUUGCCUCAAUUGCGCUUGUGCCUUGGCGGUUCUCCGCUCGCGCUGCAACAUUAAGACCAGAUGACACAUUUUGACAAAAAAACCUUCCAUUCCAUUCAGGGAAUCGUGCUGAUUUUACGCUAGCUGGCUUGCUUCUCAAGUCGCAGUAGUUUUAGCCAUAAUCAAUGAGUAUGAGUUGUUUUUUCUCCUGAGCUUUAGAACACGGUCUGGUCUCUCACUCCUUUUCUGCUCUGUCUCUGUGCCCUACUCAGUGUCUCCUCCCUGGCUGGUUUACAGGGCUAGUCCUAUGGUUCUUCUUCAGAAUGUGCUCCAAAGUGUUCGUGUGGUGUGUGUGAGUGUGAUUCAUGUUUGCAUGCAUUCAAGUGAGUGUGUGUGUGUGUGAAUGGGUUUGGACCUGCCAUUUAGAGGGGUUCAGUAUGGCCUGUUUGCAGUGCUGGCUGCCUGUGUGCCCGUUGAUCAGAGACAGAUGUGAGCCCUUGGCAGCUCUCCUCUAGCUUGCUCACAUACCUCAGCCUGCCAAAGCACUCGCUGUUCCUCUCCUCUCCUCUCCUCUCCUCUCCUCUCCUCUCCUCUCCUCUCCUCUCCUCUCCUCUCCUCUCCUCUCCUCUCCUCCUCAAAACAGCACAGCUUGUCACUUACACACAGCAGCAGGAGAAAGAGAAAGGGAGAGAAGGGGGAGAGAGAGAAAGGAGAUGUGGGAAAGACAGGAGGUUGUGAGAGAGAGAGAGCGACAGAAAUGUAGUGCAGAACAAGAGCAUGUUUUUCAGGAGAGAGAGAGAGAGACGAGAAGGAAGGGUACAGCAUUUGAUAGGAGGGGGUUGAGCACCAAACAGCAGAUAACAGCAGGGUCACAGAGUUUUAAGAGCAGAGGAACUGAUGAUAUUGGGGGUACAAAAAUGAACACUACACCGGGGGUCAGAGAGCAGAAGGGGGACCAUGUAUCUAAGUGGAGAGACCCUAUUUUUAAGUCUGUGUCUUUGUCCCAAAUAGCAACCUAUUUCCAUAUUUAGUACACUACUUUUUACCAGAGCCCAUAGAGCUAAAGGAGGGGAAUAAGCUCCGGUCAGAAGUAAUGCACUACAAUAGGGAAUAGGGUGACAUUUGGGACGCAGGCUAAUGUAACCACAACAGUGUGACUCAUGAAUGUUUUAGUAUAAUUAAGUCAUUCAUAAUAAUUAACUAGUAAUUAACUCAUGGACGUGAACAUACAGGACCAGUGUGUGUCUUCACUGUCUCUGUACGUUUACCUUUCUAUAUGUUUUAAUGUAGAUUAAUGAAAAGCUUUCUUUUCCUCCUCUCUCUCUCUCUCUGCUUGCUUCUUUUUCUUUCUCUCGCUUGUUUGCUUUUUUCUCUUGUCUCCCCACCUCACUCUCCCCCACUCCAUGCCCCCUUUCGCUCCCCCCCCCCCUCCCCCAGCAUCUUUUUUAAUCUGCCCCAGACUCCUAUAACACAUCAGCAGCGGAGAAACAAGGUCAGGACUGUAGUUAUUAGCAUUCAAGACCUGAAAAACAAAGGGGCUGUGGUUCAAUACCUUGGCCAGGAGAAGGGCUGGGGUGCUGGGGGAGGAGGAGGGGGACACGCCAACCCCCUGGAACAGGGCGACUUGGGUGAAAUUAAAAACAAGACCACCAUAAAUAAUACACCUAUCGGCUAGCUGGUGGCCCCUCGGUCUGCUGCUUAGUGUGUGCACACACACUGCACACGCACACACACUCACACACACAGGUUGUUUAUCUGGACAGCAGUAUUUUAGUAAAGCAAACCCCAGCGAAACGCAACCAUCUGCUUCUGGUCAAUUGAUCCAUUGAUUAAUUGAUUGCUGUACCCACCCCAAUGCAUUUAGUUGAUUAGCCAAAACCACUUAGCCUCUUGGAAGAGACGUGCGUGGGUGCUCUAAGAGGAGAGGAAGCUUUAGUCUAGCUUGCUAUUGGUGAAUUAGGGAACCAUAUCUGUGUGUUGUUCCUAUUGGAACUGCAGUCUAAACGUGUACACUUGAAUGGUUAUGUUAUAACUUCGAUUUCUGCUGCAUAUUCAUUUAGGAUUGUUACAUUUUCUCUUAGUCCAUAAUAUAAUAAGAAUAUAAAUGAUAAUAUGUCAUUGAGCAGAUGUUUUUAUCCAGAGCGACUUACAGUGUGUGCAUACAAUUUCGUAUGGGUGGCCCCAACAGGACUCAAACCCAUGAUACUGACGUUGUAAGUGCCAUGCUCUGCCAACUGAGCCAUACAGGACACUUUAAUAUUAUCUAAAGGUAGGUAGGGCCUUAUGUUAGGUGCCUAAUGAUUAAAGUAAAGAACUUUGAAAGUCAAAAAUCUCUCUUUCCCUCCCUCCCUCCCUCCCUCUGUCCAGUCUUGUGUGGAGUGGUUAGAUUAAAAACAGUCGAUGGAGACAGCCCCUGUGUAGGGAUGAAUGGAUGAACGAAUAGUGCCUCUCCUCCUCUCUCUCUCCCCCUGAUUCCCUCACUUGAAGCGAUAGCACUUUUUAAUUAAGCUGGGAGAGAAGAGCGAGAGAGAGAGAGAAGGGGGGAGAGAGAGAAGAGAGAGAGAGAGAGAGAGAGAGCGAGAGAGAGAGAGAGAGAGAAAAGAAAGAGAGAGAAUGAUGGAGAGAUUUAUAAUGGCCCUUCCACACACUCGCAGCUUAUGUGUGAUGCCACAGUAUGCUGAUAAUACCGCUAAUAGAAAUUGGUGCAUACCACACACACACACACACACACACACACACACACACACACACACACACACACACAGACAGAUAUGCAGUCAUAUCAGAUACUGUAUAUAUAGACGGAGACAAUAAUUCAUGAGGCUACCUCUCUACUGAACGCUCCCUCCUCAUCCUCCCUCCUUAUCCUCCCUCCUUAUCAUCCCUCCUCAUCCUCCCUCCUUAUCCUCCCUCCUCAUCCUCCCUCCUCAUCCUCCCUCCUUAUCCUCCCUCCUCAUCCUCCCUCCUCAUCCUCCCUCCUUAUCCUCCCUCCUCAUCCUCCCUCCUUAUCACACAAACACACCUGCACCUAUAAGACAUAGUGCCCUGAAACACACACUGUAUACUCAUAAAAACACAAACAUUCACAUACACAUUCUCCACCCUAACAGAGGACCUAAACAAAGACAUACCCAGUCGAUCACAUACACACUGCGCGCGCACGUGCACACGCACACACACACCCCCACACACCUCUCCCCUGCAUGGACUGUAUAUCCUACUGACAGCCCAUCAGCUCCUCCAGGGUCAGUCCCCAUAGGGAUUGUCUUAAUGAGCCUCGUCAGGCUCUCUCUCUCUCUCUCUCUCCUCCUCACACUCUCUUUCUUCCUCCUCAUCCCCCUAAAUCAUCUCCCUCCCUUCCUUCUCUGUCUUAAUCCUUCUCCGUCUCACAACCUUUCUCUGCCGCUCUCUAUUCCUUCUACCCCUCUCUUUCUCAAUCCCUCUUAUUAUCUCCCCCUUUUUUGUCCCUCUCCCUCCAUCUCUCUCCCUCUCCUCCCUCACCCCCCCCCCCCCCCUCAUCCCUCUUUACCUGCCUUUCUCCCUGCUGGCGUCCCUCUCUCCAUCCCCCCCUCCCCCUCCUCCUUAGCUGCACAUGAAUGGUCUGCUCAGCUCAGGGAGCGUAAAAGUGCAGAGGCUGCAGGAUUCUCCCAAACGGCUUAAUCUUCCCCUGGCGGUACCACUGACAGACCGCACACCUUUUGGAGAACACAAUGUGGUCCUCUGUAGCUCAAUUGGUAGAGCAUGGCGCUUAUAACGCCAGGGUAGUGGGUUCGAUCCCCGGGACCACCCAUACCUAAAAAUGUAUGCACGCAUGACUGUAAGUCGCUUUGGAUAAAAGCGUCUGCUAAAUGGCAUAUUAUUAUUUUAUUAUUACAAUAGGAGAAAUGGGUUCUGUCCUAAAUGGCAUCCUAUUCCCUAUAUCCCCCAUACUCAACUGGCGGGCCGGAUCCGGGCCCAGAACGGGUUCAAUACGGACCGCGGGUCCCGGAAAAAAUACAAAAUAAAUAAAUAUAUAUAUUUUUUUACUAGUUCGUACUUUGACCCCUGGUAUCAUAUAAACACACAUAAGACAUGGAAUAAUCCGUGGAGUUGCAGGAAAUUAGCUUUAAAACAGCAAAAAAAAACUCUGCCCCAUGCAAAAUGUGUAGAAUUGUGGGAAAUGAACUUAAAAACUGCAACAUUUACUCUCCGCCAACAAGAGGGGUGUGAACAGUUUGGGGUUGCAUGGGUUGCGAGGUGGGGGUUUGUUACUACGCCGAUAAAUGACAUUAUCCAUCCGGACCUUUCCCACCUAGGAAAUUUGUGUGACCGGACCUUCUCAAAUAGUACUUGAGUACCCCUGCCCUAUAUAGUGCACUACUUUUGACCAGAACCCUAUGGGAUUCCCUAUGGGCCCUGGUCAAAAGUAGUGCACUAAAUAGGGAUAAGAGUGCCAUUUAGGAUGCAGAUGUGGAGACAUUUAUAGUCCUGCCUGUCUGAAUCCUCCAGGAGAGAUAAAGAGACUCUUUUAUUUUCUUUUGGUUAUCUUUUUAUUUAGCUUUGGCUGCGGUAUUGAGUGUUAGGUGUUUUGAGUGAUAGGCUGGACUGGCAUGUGGGGGGAGUGUGUGUGUGCAUGUGUGCGUGUGUGUGUGUGUGUCUGCGUGUGUGCAUGCACACGUGUGUAUACAUAAGUGUGUGUGAGUUUCUAUCCAAGUGAGGAUGGUAGGGUUUCGCUAUUAUAUAAAAUGUCACCAAAUCCUAAGUGCCUUUUUAAAACGCAAUAGCCUUGAAAAUGUCAACACUUGAACAGUCUAUUAUAUUUCAACCCUCCGGUCUUUUUCCCCGCUUCCUUUGAUGAUGUGCUCACAUAACUCAGAAUAGGUGAAGCAGAUGAAACAGAAUAUUGAGUCAUCGCCGUUUUCAUUGAUAUAUCUUUAUUUUAUAAUUUUUUACAUGUUUUAGUCAUUUAGCAGAUGCUCUUAUCCAGAGCGACUUACAGUUAGUGAGUGCAUACAUUUUCAUACUGGCCCCCUGUGGGAAACAAACCCACAACCCUGGCGUUGCAAGCGCCAUGCUCUACCAACUGAGCUACAGGGGACUAUAUCCUCGUAUUUCAAAUCAAAUCAAAUUUUAUUGGUCACAUGCGCCGAAUACAACAGGUGCAGACAAAACAGUGAAAUGCUUAUUUCUUCAUAUAUCCUCAUAUUCACACUCAGUCUUCCUUUUCCGAUGGUCAGGCUGUGUUCCGAUUCUCUACCCUUCUCCCGAAGUGUACACUUGUACACUCCCCCUCAUGGAUUUAAAAGGAAUUAACUGGUGUAGGGAAUAUGGUGCAAACUCCCUCCAGCCAUGCUUGCACCAAACCAAUGCUUUUAAAUGCAUGAGGGAGAGUGAACGAGUGCACACUUCGGGAGAAGGGUAAAGAAUCGGAACGCAGCCUCCGUCAGGCAGGGAAAGAGUUAACCACCCCUAGCAUCGUUGUCAUGGUGAACAUUGUGGAGAGACAUUUUUGUCUUCCUAAUCUCGCCUUCCAUUUAGAAUAAUAAUGACUGGAGAAUCAUACACUGCAGUAAAAUGACUGAUGAGAGGCCUCACUGUAUUGUCGGCUGACGUGUUAGUGUGUGUGCUUUGCGUGUUUGUGUGAGAUAGGGAACGGCGAGCGAGGCGUGGGCAUACGCCAAAAAUAAAGGCUUUGUUACUCCAGCUUCUCAUUACAGAUUCGGGGUGAACCCUUGUACCCCCAGACAGGCGGUCUGCUGUCACUUCCUGUCUGGGCCAGCCAAGCAAUGCUAUUGGCAGGCUAUUGUUCCUGGGAGAGAGCCGAUAGGAUCAGGGAAUGUGUCCUAAUGUUUUCAGAUUGCCUUGCCAGAGCAACAAUUACACUUAUAGAAUGCUCCCAGAGGAGAGAUAAGAGCCAGGGUGUGUGGUUAGUUUGUGUGCAUGGGGGGGGGGGGGGGGGUUGUCUAUUUUGUUGCUAUAGUAGAAUUAAUGUGAACAAUAUGUAUCUCCAACACACAGAUAUUAUUACAAAUCGUGCAUCACUACAUCACAAAUCACAUCACAGAAUAAGAAGACAAAUCACUCAAAUCAAUAAGUUAUCACUUGAAUAACAAAGUCUUUAUUAGUAGAUGUUUUGAGUCUGUGUAUUAACCAUAUCUCUCUCUCUAUCUCUCUCGCUCUCCCUCUCUUUCUCUCUCUUCCCCUCUCUCAGGUGAGGUGUGUGGGGGCACCCUGGAUGCCAGCGACGCAGGGUACAUCACGUCACCGGGCUACCCUCUGGAGUACCCGCCCCACCAGAAUUGCCAGUGGGUCAUCACAGCCCCGGAGCCCUCCCAGCGCAUCGUCCUCAACUUCAACCCUCACUUUGAACUGGAGAGACUGGACUGCAGGUGAGAGAGAGGAGGGGGAGAAGGGGGAGAGGGGGGGAAAGGGAGAGAGGGAGGCUUUUUGGAUAUGCUUAGGCUAGAAAAUGGUAGAGGGAGGAGGAGAAGGAGAGAAGGAGAUUGACCAGGGAUGGAUUUAACUUCAGAUCUGCCUUCAACUGGUUAGACAUAUGUAACAGAGUGUUCAUAGUUAGCCAUAGUUACAGUUUGGGCCAUAACAGUAGGUAAGAGAGGGCCAAGACUGUCAGGGUUAAUACCUGAAGAUUGGUGAGUGGGGAUGAACGAAUAGACUUGAUUGAUAAUAGAGAGGUGGAUGAGGUUAAUCGGGUGGAGGAGAAAAGGAAGGUGGAUGAAAGAAUGGAGAGAAUGGUUGAUAGAAAGUGUGGGAUGAUGUGGUGAAGUUUACAGGAAAACAGACUAGAGAGGGAGAGAGGGAGAGAGGGAGAGAGGGAGAGAGGGAGAGAGAGAGUAGAAGAGAAUAGGAGAGAGAGAGAGAGAGAGAGAGAGAGAGAGAGAGAGAGAGAGAGAGCUAUUACAGGCUAGAUGGGAACCAGCUUGGUCAGUUUCCUCUUGAUGAUGUAUAAUAUUAAUCAUAUGCCUUUUUAUUGUCUCUCUGACCUCAUAGCAGUCAGUCACCAUGCUCUGGCCUGGCCUUAACCCCUGCCUCCUACUGCUCUCUUAAAGCUGCACUAUGCAGAAAUUGCUGUGCCAUUUCCUGGUAGCAAAAAUUCUAAUAGUUCGCCUAAUUUCAGUUUACAUCAAAAAACAAGCAAGUAUGGUGUAGAGAAUCAUUCUACUAUCUAAAUCGCUGUGAAAUAUAUUUUCCAAAAGCAAAAUUUUCAGCUGUUUGAAGCUGGUGUACAAAACUGAAAGUAGAAGACGCAAAAACAAAAUGUAAGAACGGGAAGCAUAGAAAUGGCGCACAUAGAACAGAUCUACCGCUUCUUAGACUUGCUUUCAAUGAGAAUGACAUAUCUAUAACUCACAUUUCUAUGUGCAUUUGGUCGGGUCUCCCAAAAAGUGACAUAUUGCAGCUUUAAAGGGGCAGUCUGGAACAUACUGGAUCUCUUAAAGGGGCAGUCCUGUAACUUUAAUUUAUGGUGUAAAGUAGUAAUAGUGGAGGUGCGUAAAGAUGGCGGCCCCUAUCCACUUAACACAAAUCCCUAGUUUUGCUAAGUUAGCCGUAUUGUACAUUGCUCCCCGUUACUCUUUAAAAAAAAAGUUCAUUAGUACAGUAUACAUGAUCCCAAUUUUUGCUUCAAGACACCGGCAAUUCGAAAAACCAAAAAAGUUGAUUGUGCUGAUUUAUUGGCACAUUGAACCAUGUUGCGCACCGUAGUUUAAAAACUCAGUGGAUAGUGCUAAAACAAUGACGUCAUAUCUGAAUUCUGCCAUCUUUAUGCACGUUCGCUAUUACCUGAUAAAAUUAUAAGGACAUGACAUACUCCAGGAAAAAUAUAAUUGUAGUUUUAAUAAAAAAUCAUAAUAAGAGAAAUAGUAGCCAAUGUUUCGUCUAGAUGUCAUUAGAACUCCAAUUAGACACACCUGUUAUCUGGUCUUGUGUAACGUAAUGCCCUUUUAAAAUCCCCCUAGUCAUAGAUAGCAUGUGUAGUUCUGUGAUAGACGGAUACAAUGAAUGUGCUCGCUGUCGAUAAGCAGUAUUUCAAGUCCUCUGUAGCUCAAUUGGUAGAGCAUGGCGCUUGUAACGCCAGGGUAGUGGGUUCGAUCCCCGGGACCACCCAUACGUAAAAAUGUAUGCACACAUGACUGUAAAUCGCUUUGGAUAAAAGCGUCUGCUAAAUGGCAUAUUAUUAUUAUUACUGUAUUGAGGGCUUAGAGAGGGAGAGAGCAGAUAGAGAGAAGGGGGAUGAGAGAGAGAGAGAAAGAGAAAGUUGAAAAGCCUCCUCAGGAAUGUUCAACUUUUUCUGGGAUGGGUUUUGUAUUAGCCUGAGGGGACUGUGUGUGAACUCAAGCUUUGCCCUUUUCACACUUCCACUCAGCUGUGUGUGGGUGCAUUUUGUAAACGCUGUGUGUGGGUGCAUUUUGUAAACGCUGUGUGUGGGUGCACAUGCCUCUGUUUUUGUGUUUGUGUGUGUGCAUGUGCCCGUGCGUGCACAUGCAUGUGUGGGUGUGUGUUUCUUAGUGCGUGCGUGUGCAUUCUCCGUAUGUGUGUGUAUGUCCUUAUUUAUGCGUGUAUACAUGCACAUGCACACACGUUUGUGAUCGGCAGAGAAACACAUGGCAACCACUCUAUCCAUUCUGCAUCCUUAGAGAAAAAGGCCCAUACUUUACAGCCCCAUUAGAAAAGAGAGCCACAUCAACAAUGUUAUUUAUUCAUAGACCAACCUAUAACUCCCUUUUCUCACUAAUGCUGCUAUAGCCUUUUUAUGUAGGCCGCGUCCAAAUGGCACCCUAUUCCCUAUAUAGUGCACUACGUUUUGACCUGAGCGCACUGUACAGUAUAGCGAAUAAGGUGCCAUUUGGGACACACAUAGAUUUAGUUUGUUGAAGAUGUGUUCCUAGGCUCUCAGUGCCAAAACAGCAACAAAACAAAGUGGAGAAAGCCAAAGUGCAGCCCGACAGGCCGACACGCCCUCCUCUCCUCCCACAGAGUGCUUUAGACUGGGUUCAAAUAGCUUCCAGUUAGUCUUUGUGGUGCAGCUGUGUGUUGUUUCUUCUUUCCUGAGUGAUUAGGCAUAGCAGUAUGUCUGACUGAGGAGACAGGAGGGAGACUUGGAGUUUUUCUCUUCUGGUUUGAGGAGCGGUAAUGCUGGACUGUAUUCAUUAGUGCACACCGUAGCAAACGUAGCAAUUUUUUUCCAACGGAAAACUUUUUGAAACGAAAACAAGAGUUUCUUAUUGGACAAGUUCAGGUUUGUCCCUCCUCGUUUCAGCCCGUUUCGUUCUUAGUGAAUACACCCAUGGAGGGGCAGAAGACUUGGUCAGGGUAUUAUUUAAAUGUAAUCUGAAUAUACUGUAUAUAUAAUGUAAAUAUUACAAAUGGACUGUGUUUAUUGUAAAUAGGUGAGAUAGUUGCGAGAAUUGUAAAAGGCUUUAAUCUAUUACAGUUAUAGUUCAAUUACAAUUACAGUUCUAUGUAAGUUAUGUCUUUUGUAUGUCUCAUCACCUCAUACACACACACACACACACACACACACACACACACACACACACACACACACACACACACACACACGGCACUAGCCAUAGGUCUCUCCUGAGAGUAGAUUACUCUGAGACCCUGAGCAAGUGACCUCAAGGAAAGUGUUCGGUUGGCCCAACCAAGGUCAACCUUACUUUAUAACCCACACCAUACUGAUGGCCACUCCCGGCCAACCAGCGCUUUCCCUGGGUUCAAAGAGUCAAAGGCUCUGGUAGCUUCAACCGCACAGACCAUCAUUGCUGCAGCAAUAAAAUAUCCAGUGUUAUGCAGACUUCACAUAUCUGAGGUGGCACUUUAAUUCAGAAUUUCAUUUCAGGCAGAGUCCGGCAGGGUGCCAAAUGGCUUUUACCUCCAAGCCCAGAGUAGAUUGAUGUGAAAUAAAUGCAAUAAAGUCUGAGAUUAAAUAUCAAGCCUAUAUCUCUAAUGCAAUCUGCCGUUGGCUGAGACCAGGACUGAAGGGAUGAUACCGAAUAUGGGGUGCAGGAGGUGCAUCCCACUCUCUCCUUAAGCGCACUCCUCAGAGUUCGCUAGUGCUGCCGACGCGUCGAGGAUCCAGAGUUAGGGAGGCGGGAGAUUCUGCUCUCUUCGGAUGCUCUAGCAGGCGGGUCUCGAUAUAGGCACGCGCACAUCAUCUCACGUCUCGCCGUCAUACUAAGGAGCCCUAUCGAUCGCAGAGCGUCUCGAUGAGGUCUCAUCUAGUCGCUCAGCGUCUCGAUAUCUCAUCGUCUCUUGCGGCUAUCGCGCUUCAUCGUUUCCUCGGUCUCUCUCUCUCUCUCUAUCUCUCCUCGUCUCGCGGUCUCUCUCUCGCUCUCUCUCUAUGCUCUGGGGGUGGAAGUGUUUUAUUUUGCACAGUGGGAUUAAACUAAUUAAAGGAUGUUUGCGGCACACCUACACAGUACACACACACACCAUAACAACUGACACACACUUUCGCAAAGAUCAAUUUUCCACCCAUAUUGUUUUUAUUCAACUUUUUUUAUUAGGUCGUUUUUAUUGGUUGUGGGGCCCAGGGCUCACAUUGGCAACGGGAGGUGACGAUUUAAAAGAGCUUUGAUAUCCGUAGAGUUCUAUCAGCCUAUCAUCCUCCCUAAAACAGAUUAUUUAACUUUACAAACGGCACCCCAUACUAAUGUGCCUCAGGUUGCAUCCCAAAUGGCACACUAUUUCCUAUUUAGUGCACCACUUUUGACCAGGUCCCAUAAGGAAUAGGGUGCCAUUUGGGACGCAGCCUUAGUUUCAUCACGGGGGAAGUGUCAUUGAGCCAUAACAAUGGAGAGGUUCAACGUGUGAGUGUGAUAUCAUCCUCUGUGUCUGCUAUACUCCCUGGGGGGAGACGGGAGCUGUUGGAAUCAGAUCAAUGGCUGUUUUCCGCUUGUAAUGAGGAAUUGAUGGGCCUUAGACGUGGGGAGUGUAUGUAUGUGUAUGUGGGGGUGGGGACAGACAGAUUAGUGAGGUCAUUGCUUCAGGUCUGAUCUGCCCAGUGCACAAGUCAUGGUCAUAUAUAUAUAUAGAGAGAGAGAGAGAGAGAGGAGAGAGAGAGCAGGAGAGAGAGAGAGAGAGGAGAGAGGGAGGAAUGAGAGGAAGAGAGAGAGAGAGAGGGAGAGAGGAGCGAGAGAGAGAGAGAGAGAGAGAGAGAUUGAGGGGAGAGAGAAGAGAGAGAGAGGAGAGAGAGACAGAGACAGAGAGACAGAGACAGAGAGAGGUAAGAAGGUCAUAUGGGCAUCCCAGCAGUAGAUACUCACACCAACCAGACUGGCGGGAUCGAUGGUGAUGCCCUUUUGAAAAGCCUCGGGCCGUAGCCUAUAGGUCUAUAUAGACUCUUUGUGGUUAGCUGUUAACGGCUUAGCCCCAAUCUGCGUCCCAAAUGGCACCCUAUUCCCUAAAUAGUGCACACCGUAUGGGCCCUGGUCAAAAGAAGUGCACUAUAUAAGGAAUAGGGUGCCUUUUGGGACGCAGCCCCUGUUGUCUGUAACUGUAAGCAACGGUUCAGAGAUGGCUGCUCUGAGUGCUAUUUGUUCUAAGGCCAGAUUGAAGAUGGCAGCCGGGGGAAUCUGUUGGGAUUUCUCUCCCAGCGUCUAUUUAAUAUUUCAGAGGCACUUAUGCCUUAUUAGGCGUACAUGAGGUGCAUGAGGCGGCUCAAUGCUAGGCAGACUAAGAAGCCUUACUUUAUUUUAGUGUCUGGGCCACAGCCCUGUUGUUGACCAUCAGCGCCUGAUAUAGCUGUGGUUGUUGAGCACUUUAGAUUAUGAGGGAAUUGUGGUAACAAAUAUAUAUUGUCUGGAAUGGAAGCAACACACACACACAAAUUCAUAGCCAUUAUUCUUUUUUUGUAUCCCCCUCAAAAUAGCAUUUUGUCAAUAUAAACUACACAGUUCAGUUGUGAGUGUAGAUUACACCUGCCAUGCCACUAUUUUAGGAACAGAUAUUUGCAUUUUUGUCAAGUGCAACACUCAUCCCACAGAGUGGUGGAAGUGAACUAGACUCUAGACUCUAGUUGUUGCUCUCAGUGGUGAGAUUGACAGUCUGGGGUCAAGGGUUAGGAGAAAUGGUUUCACCCUAGUUAUACCAUGGCGUUACCAGGGUUGCUGCUGUGUCUCCCUCUCCCAGACACACAGAUGCAAGCGUACACACCCACACCCACACGCACAGGCAAGCACGCACACACACGCAUACACACACACUCCCAGACGAGGAUAUCUGUCUGAGGGGCGUCCCUGGCCUGGCGCCUGUAGGGAAUGCACAGAGGUGGAGAAAAGUUCCAGAAAAACAAGGAAGGUGUGAAAGGUAAUUAGCAGGGCCAGUGGAGGAGAGGAGAGGAGGACGGGGGGAAGGAGGAGAGGAGAGAAGACAUGUCUGGACUGGUGCUGAACAACAGCCCUGAAGGACGUCCUUAAGUUUCCACUGCCCACCCCUUGUGGGUUUCUUCUGGCCUCUAUGGAGAGCUGGUGGAAACCAUCAUGGCUCCCAACAAGCAGGACUCCAUAACCCAUAAAGACCCAGUCACAUAGUGGGGGAGAGGAAGGAGUCAGAAAAUGUGAGCGCUCAAUUACAUUUACAUUUUAGUCAUUUAGCAGACGCUCUUAUCCAGAGCGACUUACAGUUAGUGAGUGCAUACAUUUUCAUACUGGCCCCCCGUGGGAAACGAAUCCACAACCCUGGCGUUGCAAGUGCCAUGCUCUACCAACUGAGCUACAGGGGACUUCAAGGUGAAUUCUAAUGGACUGAGUGGGAUGAGGGUGUGAGUGUUAGGGUGUUUGUCUGUCUGUCUGUGUGUGUGUGUGUGAGAGACUCUGUUCUCCCGCUCGGCCAGCCUUCAUGCAUGUAUUCAUCAGGGCCUGGGGAGACGGAGAGCUCAGGUCAAUAAUCACAUCUGAGAAACACUCAGUCAUCGCUUCUAAUCCACGACAGGCAAGAGAGCCCACUCCCAAAUCAAUUAAAACCUAAUUAGGCUCUCAGUUCCUUCUCAGGCCUUUUAUCUUUUACGUACACACUGUGGUGUGUGUGUGUGUGUGUGUGUGUGUGUGUGUGUGUGUGUAUUUUCCUUAAGCAUGUGUCAGUUACAGCCCAAAAACACAUUUUCUUUGUACACACACACACUCAUGGAUUGCUAGCUUUCUAAGCUUCACCAAGGGAGCUCUGCAGUAAGCCUCUUCAAUAGCCACCGUGAUGUAGCAUUAGGUUGGAAUGCGUGUGAAUUGGAUCAAGGCCCUCUCAUCAGUGUAGUUCCAUCCUGGGCCUGUGCAGGCUUUUGUUCCAGCCCAGCACAAACACACUUCACAUCAACUAAAUCAUCAAGCCCUGAUGAGUUAAAUCAGGAGUGUUGGUGCUAGGCUCAAACAAAUAUGUGCACACCCUGUGAGGUUCCCUGAACCACCAUUGACGGACACUGAUAUCUAGAGACAAUCUAAACAUUCCUGCUCCCAAUAACAGUGUAUUGGCCUGUAUUAUUUGUGUGUGUGUGUGUGUGUGUGUGUGCAUGUGUGUGUGCAUGCAUGCUUUUGUGUUUGCAUGUGUGUGUGUGUGUGUGUGUGUGCAUGCGUGGGUCCAACACUGAACAGCUAUCCAGUACUGUGCUGAAGGCUGCUGAAGGCCUUUCAUUGUAAUUAGAUGUGAGACUGUUUCAACGGCUCUUGUUUGACAGCUCUGUCACAUAUCCAAUUGAGACAGAGGAAGUGUGUGUGUGUCAGAGGGUUCCUGGUGCCAUGCGGUUCAUCACGAGGAAGAUCACAACAUGAGAGGAGAGAGAGAGAGAAAGAGAGAGAGGGGGACACUUAUUAAUUAUCCAUCCCAGGAAAUCCACUGUGGAAAAGCUGAAAUUCCCUAUUUUCAUUCAUCUGCUUGCUCUGCGCUCAUAUUUAGCCUCACAUUGAAGUGUUUUACCCUUUUCCUUACAGGACAACCAGGGCUACAAGUCGAAAAACAAUUGGACAUAAACAGUUGCAUUCAUGAAUUUUAUUGACAAAUGUCAAUAAAGAUAUAAGGUCUGCCAAGCAAAAACCGGAUAAAAAAAUCAGGGGAAAAAGUACAGAAAUUGUUUGCUCACUGGGAAAUGAAUAUCCAACUAGUCAGUGACAUCUGUUUGGAGUUUGUGACAGCAACUAUGUGAGCUUAUUACAGUAUUAUAGACACAAUGUCCUGGGAUUUCCUAUGAUCUUCUAUGUGGAAGAACACACACGCAUGCACGCACACGCAAGCACACACAUACACAGUACUUUGGCCCCUCUCCCAGCUUCCUUUCUGUUGAGUUGGCUAAUUUUGGAGAGGCAGGUGGGAUUUGUCUGAGUCCAAGUUUCCCCUCUCUCUGUCUCUGAAACGACAGUUAAGAAUUUGGGUUAGUUCAGGGAGGUCAAUAGGUCUGAGGUCAAAGGUCAUAUGGACUAGAGUUCAAGCACGUUGAGCCCCAAAGCCGUUUUUUCUCUAUUCUUCUCUUUUUCUCUUGGUUUUAAGCUUGAAUGAUCUAUCCAAGCAUUCUACUGAAAUCAAUGCAUCCUUCUCAAAGCACCUCUUUUAACAUAUACAUGUUUAAAUUAAUCUGUAGGUACGAUGUCCAUAUUAGGACAGUCUUAGUUUUGAUGAGAUUUAAACAACUCUUCCUGAGACUGAGGCUGUCCUAAUAUGGACACCGCACAUCAAAACAUUGCAAGAAUUGUUCAUGAACUUCUCUCUAUCGCAUUCUCAGGUAUGACUUCAUUGAGAUCCGUGAUGGUGGUUCGGACUCGGCUGAGCUGCUGGGUAAACACUGCAGUAACAUCGCCCCCCCAGCCAUCAUCUCUUCUGGUACCGCCCUGCACAUCAAAUUUGUCUCAGACUACGCCCACCAGGGGGCUGGCUUCUCGCUGCGCUACGAGAUCUUCAAGACAGGUGAGCCAAUUCUCAAAUUAUGUUCGGUGCCUCGUUAUUGAGGCGUUUUGAUGGGUUGUUAUUUUGGGGGGUUUUCCGUGAUCUUUACGACAGGUGAGUGAAUUCUCUAAUUCUGCCUGAUGACCUCUUAUUGGAGUGUUUUGAUUGGUUGCUGAUCAUUGGGGUGUCGAUGUUAUUGGUUGUGUAUUGGGACGUUGUUGUUUGACUGGUUGCUGAUAGGUUGGGAUGGAGACAUAUGUAGAGAGACUUUGGCCAAUCUUAGAUGGAUGCCAAGUUGUUGCCUCUGAGCAUUCUAUUUAUCCAAUAAAAAUGUGUAUUUGGACUGCUAUUGGUCAAUAUUGCCGAUGAGGCGCUAACAUGGAUUUCAUCAAACUGAGUUCAUACUAAUACAUUUUGGGGUUGAAACCACAAUGGCCAAACUCUCUCCGAUGGCUCUGGGUGGCCAUUCCCCUAACUAGCUAACUAGCCUUGUGGAACAUGGAUGGUUGACUGAGUUCUUGCUAUGGAUGCCUCGGGCAGAACGACCUAUGAUGACCUUCACCUUAACGUAGGGGCGUCUACCACACACACGCACACACACACACUCACUCACCUCGCAACCUCACACACACCCCGACACUCCCAGACCAAUUAACUUCAAGAGAGGCGGGGAGGAAAAUAAACAUGGUUUUACAGGAAAGGGGAAAAAAGCCCUUAACUCUUUUCAUCCUGUCUGAAAAGCAUCUCAGGAAUGCCUCUUUUAAUUGGCCUGGGAUCUUCUUCAUCUUGAGGGGGAGGAAGGGGCGGGAGGGGGGUGAUGGAGAGAGGUUACAGGUGGUAUAGGGAGAUGAUGAGGAGGGAGGGGUGAAGAGGAAGGGGCAGGAUGGGGGAGGGUGAUUGAGAGGGGCUACAGGCGGUGAGGAGAUUAUUAUUGGGAGAGGGAGAGGGUAGGGUGAGGAUGGGUUGGGAUUUGAGUUUAACGAUGGUGCUGGUGGUGGUAGUGCAUAAGAGGAAGUGUACUUGACAUACAGUACAUUUGCAGUAGUGUGCUGAUACACUGUACUGAGCUAUACUGAUACACUCUGUACUGAGCUGUGCUUUGCUGGUAAGAUCCCAUUGACAUUGAUUUGUUUGGGUGGGAUUGACUUGUGCGAGAAAGAGUACUGAACAAAAAAAGAUUGUUUCUUAUUCAGGUAGUAGUACCUCCUCUGUUUCAAAACGUUUUGAAACGUGAUUUGAAAAACGACUGUUUUCAACGUGGCCCAGUUUUGUCAUUUAGCUCUGUUACCAAGGCCACCAGCACUAACCCUAAUGAUAUGAUGAUGUGAUAGGGCUAAUAUUAUGGACGCAUACACACACUCUGUAACAGAAUGGAUGGGUAUGCUGUUGCCAUGGUUUUAACAAGAGCCUGCUAUGCUUUUGGGGUGCAAAAACAAUGGUAUGCGUAUGUAGGUGUAUAUUUAUAUAUGUGGUCGUGGGUGGUUACAGUGUGCUUGGGCGUUAUAGGAUUCUGUUUGUGUCUAUGUAGGCGUAUAGAUGUGUGUGUGUGUGUGUGCGUGCAUGCUCAAUGGUUCUGUGGGUGUGUGCAUGUGCAUGUGUCUGUUCCUGUUUCUGUAUGAGAGAGAUCGGCACGCAGAGCAUAUGUUUUGGAGUCCCUUUGCAUCCUUCACCCAUCAUGGUUGUUUGUUUUAACAUGUCAGGCUCGGGCCAAAUAGUUCCGCAAACCACAGUAGUUUACGAGUUCUGGAAGAACAUUAGAGAGUGCCAGGCACAACCCCCCAGUGAGAGAGCUGUUGUUUAUUUACAAUGAUGUUUGUGCAUGAGGGAUGUGUGUUCUAGUCUUAUUUGUGUGUGUGUGUGAGUGUGUGUGUGUGUGUGUGUGCGUGUACAUGUUCUAGUCUUAUUUAAGUGUGUGCGUGCAGUGUGUGUGUUUAUGCAUCCGUAUGUGUUUUGAGAGAUAUGAUCUUAGGUCAAUACACAGCUUGGAGGUGUGUCUGUCCAGCUGGCGGCUGUCCUCAGCCAGAGCCUGACCCUUCAGUCCUACUUUCGCUGCUGAUCAGGGUCGUGUUCAUUAGGGCACACAAUGGAAAACGUUUCAAAACAGUUUGCAAUGGAAACUACACGUCCAGGUAAUAGUCCCUCACUGUUUCAGUCUGUUUUCUUCAGUUUGGUGCCAAAUGAACACAACCCUGCAGAAUAUCUCUUCUCUUCUCUUAGACUGCCCUCAGCACCCAGGGGUAAUAGCUUCAUUCAGAGAAUACACUGUUACGUAAGCAGAGUGUGUGUGUGUGUGUGCGUGUGUGUGUGUGUGUGUGUGUGUGUGUGUGUGUGUGUGUGUGUGUGUGUGUGUGCAGACAUGCAUAUGCGUUUGUGUAUACUGUACACCCCUUCCUAUUUUCAGUGCCAAUAAUGGAUACAGGGAUAAUAAACAGCGAUAAGAUAUUUGACUUCUCACCCUUAACUGUAUUCCCUAAUCCCUUUUCCCCUGAGCCCCCAUCCCCCUGAGGGAGCGUGUGCCCCAAAACAACAACCCUCCAACCCCACCCCCAUCCCACACACAUGCACCAUAACCCCACCCCACUGCAUAACCCCACCCCACAACAUUAUUGUUGUGCCCUACUUUCCUCACACACACUGGCGUAUUAACCCCUCAUAGCAAACCGGCCCCCCACUCCGCCCCCUGUCAUGUGACUCUGUUACUGUGACGCUGUUACCAUGGCUACUGCGGGAAGACUUCCAGCAAAGCGACCUCCUCCAGCCUCCACCACUAGCGGAGCCAAUCGUGAGUCAUCUUUCUGUGGUUCCCCUUGGGGUCAUGGUUGACUCUGUCCCCCCCCCCAGUCACCCGGUCGCAGUCACCCGGUCGCUCCCCCCUAACCUAGUCUGUAGGGUCACCUUUGGAAUGUAGUGGAAUGUAGCCCAGAUUGACAAGGGUUACUGACCUGGCUGUGAGCCCUUCCUAACUGAAUAAAGCAUGACUUAAGUGUAGUGUUCUCUGAUCCAAUGGUUGUGCGAGCAUACAUGCACUCGUAAAUAGACUGCUGUGCGUAAAUAGACUGCUGUGCUUAAAUAGACUGCUGUGCGUAAACUGGCCAAGCUGUGGCACGCUCACAAUGUUGUUUUGCUUUUCUUGGGUUUCCUGACGAUGUUGUUGUUGUUUUUAUCCUGACCCCCCUCCAGACACACACAGACACAAACACACACAACACACACCCCUCAAGUGUAUCUCCGUGAAACCCUUGAGUUGACUCCAGCAAGAGUAGGCCGCGAGACGGAGAGAGAGAAAGAGAGAGAGAGCGGGAGAGAGAGCGUGUUAAAGAGGUUGUAAUGUGCAACAGACGUGCACAAACGUGGAGGUGAACUCUCACAGCAUGAGGUGCAUGAGGAGAGGGAGAGGAAGAUGAAAAGAGGAGGAGGAGGAAGAGGGUGACUGAACAGACUACACAUCCCUCCUAGGGAUGAAGGAAUGGAGCGGGGGGAGGGAGGGGGAGGGAGGGAGGGAGGGAGGGAGGGGGGGAUUCCCUGACACAACAUGUGCAGAGACUACUCCGUCAGGCACUCGAGCGGAAAGCACCAACGCAUUUCUACCCAGCAACUACCCCCCCCCCCUCAACCCCCCGCCGGCAGACAGCUCUUGCCAAAUGGCUGCUCGUGGUGAAAUGUGCAAGCCAGGCGAGUGGGGGGGGUUGUUUUUGGCAUGUUCAUAUACUUGAACUAAUAAGGACUAACAAAAGCCAGAGUACUCAUGCAUACACACCCUCUCUCACACACACGCCACACACAUAUUUGGCAUGUGGCGGUGUGAGCGUGCGAGACGGGUGGUACCACACACACAAUGGGUUAAUAUAGGCGUGCAAUGGUGUGAUUGAAGCCCUCUUUCUUCUGCCUGGGUAAGAGUCUGGUGCACCCUGACCCAGUAUUGAGGAAAACAGGGCCAGUGGGCCAGUGUGUCUCACACAACAUGCUGAGGCUUACCACACACUCACAUACACACGCAGAGGCAUACCACACACUCACAUACACACGCAGAGGCACACUUUCAUUCACAAACACAUACCCUGUCUAUCAUAUACCACAAAACCUAUGUAGAAUGUAGUAUGCGUUUUCAUCUAAUUACACACACUGGCACACUUUCACAGUGUCACGCAUGUUAUUCGACACAAACAGUAUUACACCCUCUCUCAUACACACACACAGCAUUCCCUAGUGAGGGGCAGUCAAUGAGCAGUAGUAGACCUUGCUGGAGUAGUGUUUUAACAUGCUUUCUCCUGGAUUUGUCUGUUGUCUGUGUGAGUGUGUGUUUCCUCUCUUCCUGUGGUGAAAGGCAGCAGUCCCCAUCUCCAUGAGGUCUAUAAAAGUGUGGAGGCCUGGUGACUAGUUAAGGCAGGCUUCACACAGGCCUUGUCUCUACUCGUUAAACGAGAGGGGCUGACUGACCACCGGAGGCACAGGAGACACGCACGCACACACACACACAUACAUGUACACAUGCACGGAUGGACAACACACAUGCGCAAGCACGCACGCACACACACACACACACACACACACACACAACACACACACACACACACACACACACACACACACACACACAAAGGCCUUUGGAGACACACCUCAAAGACAUGUCAGGGCUAUAUCAUUGCUAUGUGCUGUUGGUAGAGCUUGUCUGUGUAUUGACAGUUUGCGUUUUGUAAGUAUGCGUAUAUGUGUGUGACCGAUCAAUGUUUUGAAUAACAAGAGAGGGAGAGGAGAGAGAAGAGAAGAAAAGAAAAGAGAGAGAGACAGAAAGAGAGGGUGAGAGGUGGGAAAACAGAGAGUUUGGGUAUUGUAAGGUGCAAGUAUAUGUGAUCAGUGUUUUGAAUAAAUGAGAGAGAGAGAGAUCACAAAUCAUUAAUGUGCACGUCCAUAAACACUCAGUAACCCAGGGGGAAGUUUAUAUGGGAGGCACAUCUGUCGAGAGCUCAAGGUGAGCCGCCCAGGGCGCAUAAAUCUGCAUAGCUAAUGAGCUGCCGGGCCGCUUAGCGAGUUUACUCCUGUUUGUUUUGGCAUGUGUUUUUCUUUUCUCUUCUUUUUUUGAAGCAAGGGAGUGAAUGCAAGGCUUACCGGGCCGUGGGGAUGAAUAUGAGGUUUAUGAUGAGGCGUGUGUCAAAGGUCAAAUGGGGGUGCUUAUAUUUGUCCUGUUUCACUGCAUGUACAAGUGGAUAACCUGUACGAGUGUGAGCUGUGAAAUGGAAAUGUGUUUUUUGCAUAUCCCAACUCCCCCUGAGACACCCUCGGAGACUGGGGUCAUGGCCAGGGAUCAGCCAUUAUUGACGGUGAACCUGGAGCAAUUAGGGUUAAGUGCCUUGUUCAAGAGCACAUCGGCAGAUUUUUUACCUAGUCAGCCCGGGGAUUUGAACCAGCAACCUUUUCGGUUACUGUCCCAACGCUCUUAACCCGCUAGGGUACCUGCUGCCCUGUGUGUGUGUGAGAGUGUGUGCAUGCAUGCGUGUGUGUGUGUAUGUGGGGAUACAUUGCUCAUAUCUGUGUCCUGUGUGUGUUUUCCAUAGGAUCGGAAUUCUGUUUCCGGAAUUUCACCAGUCCUUCCGGAGUGAUCGAAUCCCCUGGCUUCCCUGACAAGUACCCCCACAACCUGGAAUGUUCUUACAUCAUCAUAACUCCGCCCCACAUGGACGUGACCCUGACCUUCUUGACCUUUGACCUGGAGAACGACCCCCUGCUGUCAGGAGAGGGAGACUGCAAGUAUGACUGGCUGGACGUUUGGGACGGUCUGCCCCAGGGUGAGUGCUUACCAGACAAAUACACACACAUGCACACACACACUUUCAUACACACACACAUACACACUGUAUGAGGCACAUGCAUGUAUUUGAACACAAACACACACAUACACAUACACAGCAUCUACAAUACCUCAAUGGAGCUUUUCCUGCAGCCUUUGUCUCAAUAACAAUCCAGGAACUAGCCCAUUCCUCCAUUAGCCAUUCUACAGUGGGCACAUUAGUUCACCUCCCAGGACUAGGCCUUUCCCAUGACCUGUUUCCCAUUCAUCCCCUUCAUCAGGCCGACUUUGCCCCACUUCCCCCUCGCUUCAAUCUGCCCUUAUCACACAGCACUUUUUUCCUGUUUGGGAAUAGGGAGUAUAGUAAAGUUGCCCCUAGAUGCUGAUCUUGGGUCAGUUUUGCAUUUUUCUCACAAAUGGUUAAGGUUAGGAUUGGGGGAGGGGAAGCUAAUCCUAGAUCUGUACCUAGGGGAAACUUCACACUGAAGUGAGAAUGCAUGGCAUGAGGGGUAUCGGUUGCCGUGGCGGUGAGGCGCCUGUGGGCGGAGUUACAUCAUGCACCAUAGCUCCACGCUAGUGGUAUCAGGAGAGAUCAGGAAGGAAGGGAAGGAGAAAGCACUAGUGGGAGAAAGCUCUGGAGAGCGGUAUCAAAGCUCUUCGUAUCUGCCGCUGGGGCUGGGAGCAAGAUGAUGAUAGAUUAUUAGAGAGGAGAAGUUUGACUCUCACUUGCUCAAAUAUUUGAAACUUGAAAUGGCGGCUGUAAAGUAUUGGGCAUCAGUUCCAUUUCAACUCAGAGAAGAGAGACAAGAUUCACUGAAAUGCAUUGAAAUUCUAAUUCAAGAAUAGAUUUUUUUGAACAAGGGAUUUUUCAUUAAUUGAAUUAAGAAUUUCAAUUAACUUCAUUGAUUGGCUGAAUUGAAAUGGAAUUGAUCCCAACCCCAUCGAGCACAUUAGUCGAAACACUGAAGAGUCUUUAGAUCUGAAGGAAAGGAAUGGAAAGCUGAUUUGGGGAAUCUUUAGGAACAUUGUGUGUGUGUCUGUAAUCCUGGGGGGCUGGGUGGGAUUGAGAAGAUUGGGUGACAGCAGUGUAUAAUCUAAAGUCUGCCCCACAGUGGGUCUUAAUCCCAGCCUAAACCACACGAGACGGAGAGACUCAUGCUGAGACACAGACCUUCAGCUUUGUCUAUAGGUGCUUACUCCAGUUUAAGCCUAUGUCUGGACUAAAAAGCACUUUCUAUGGAAAUGCACACAUUCCAUAAAAUAUACUGGUGCUAAUAAAACAUUUUAAAUCCUAAGUAAAUAUAUAAAAAAUAGGAAACACAUCUGAGUUUGCUUUUUGCAGGUGUGUAGGAAUCAUAUGAGGAUAUCGAAUAAACGUGCAAGUUUUUAUGUUAUGAAAUAAAUAUAUUAAAAGGUCUAACAAGUAUUUUCUUCAGUUUAAAUCAAACACUGAAAACAUACUGUACAUUUUGUAUGAAGAUCCCUCCUAACUAUUUGUGUCUGUGUGUGUUUCCAGUGGGCCCUCUGAUCGGUCGUUACUGUGGUACUAAGAUUCCUCCUGAGAUCAAGUCGUCGUCUGGUCUACUGUCUCUGUCCUUCCACACGGACAUGGCUGUGGCCAAAGACGGCUUCUCUGCCCGCUACAACAUGACACACAAGGAAGUCAGCGACAGUAAGUAGCCCACCACUCUAUCUGUCUCUGUCUGUCUGUCCGUCUGCCUUUCUUUUUCUCUCUCUCUCCUUCCAUCACUCUCUCCAUCUACCAUUCUAUAUGUGUCCUGUUGUGUGUUUCUAUCUCUACCUCUCUUGAUCUCCCUUUCACUCCCUCUUCUCUCUCUCUCUUUCCCUCUCUCCCCAACCUCGCUCUAUCUCUCCCCCUCUAACUCUGGUCUCUCUCCCCUCUUUCCCCCAAACUUUCUCUGUCUCCUAACCACCCUCCCUCCCCUGGCCCUUUUCUCUCACUUCCCCCUGUAAUUAUCCCCCCCCUCCCUCCUCUCUCCACAGCGUUCCAUUGCAGUACAGCGUUUGGUCUGGAGUCAGGGAAGAUUUCGGACGACCAGAUCUCAGCCUCGUCCUCCUUCUACGACGGCCGCUGGUCUCCUCGCCAAGCCAGACUCAACAACAUCGACAACGCCUGGACACCCAGCGAGGACAGCGGCAAGGAGUACAUCCAGGUCAGACAGCCCCCCCAAAAAAGAGAGAGAGAGAGAGAGAGAGAGAGAGAACACCCUCCCCCCACCACACACAAACACUGUUUUGACAAUAUGCAGUGUGCGGAGCGGAUGCAGGAUGCUAUCUGUCACUAGAUAGAUGAGUUUGCUACUCAGGAAUGCGCUGUUAGCAGUGGAAGAGUGUGCCAUUGAUUUUUACCUCCUCCUCUCCCUCAUCCCGCUCUCUCUCCCCAACAGCAGCCCCAUAGGGCCUGGCAGCACUCCCCCCUGUCUAUGUAACAGAUGGACAUAGCUCUUAACCUGAUCUAUUUAUGGGGGUAUAUGACUCAAAAGAGUGCAGGAUCUGCAGAGUUACUUCAUAUCUCUAUUGUACCAAUAACCUCACCUACUAGGUCUCUUGUUCUCUCUCUGUGCCUGGAAAAAUGGAGGGAGGUAGAAUAGAGCAGAAUAUAAUAUAAUUGAAUUGUAUUGAAUCAAACAAAUAGCUACUUUAUUGUAAUUUUUUUGUAAUAAAUGGAAAUAUAUCUUCUGCUUCUUCUGAAAUGUAUCUCAUCAUUUUCAAUCUCUUCCCCUCUUCCCCCUUCCACCUCUCUCUCUCUCUCUCUCUCUCUGUCUCUCUCUCUCUCUUUCUCUCCCUCUCUCUCUCUGUCUCUCUCUCUCUGUCUCUCUCUCUCUGUCUCUCCCUCUCUCUCCCAGGUGGACCUCCACUUCCUCAAGGUGCUGACGGGUAUCUCCACCCAGGGAGCGGUCUCCAAGGAGACACAGAAGUCCUACUACGUGACCACCUUCAAGCUGGAGGUCAGCACCAAUGGAGAGGACUGGAUGACCUAUCGCUAUGGCAAGAAUCACAAGGUAAUCUAGAACCCCAAUGUAGCAACUGGAACCUAGAACCCAAAUGUGGAACCUGAAAUCUAGAACCCCAAUGUGGAACCUAAAACCUAGAACAGUAUGAAAAUGUAUGCACUCACUAACUGUAAGUCGCUCUGGAUAAGAGCGUCUGCUAAAUGACUAAAAUGGAAUGUAAAAUGUAACUCCAAUGUGCAACCCGGUUCUCAAAGUCUCAGUUGGUUGUAUAUCUGUUCUUUCAACUGCAGCUUAGCUGGCAAAACUGGUUGAAACAACGUUGUAAGGAAUGUGAAAUUGGUUGUAAUGUCAUUUCAAACAGUUUUGCCCGCUGGGAGACUAGCUGGUUCAAUUCGCUCUGGAUAAGUGUGUCUUAUACUCAAAUGUAAAUGUAAUGUAAUUCCCACAUGGGUCAUGUAAUUCAAAAGUACACUGCUCCCAAGACGAAUCUCUAUUAAGCUUGUGUGAUUGACCUAAGCAUUUAAACCAUAUUGAAAAUGGGAGUAGUUUGGCCCUAAGUGAGGAGGUAUUGAAGCUGUUGUAUUGGGGCAGUUUUAUAAAAUAUACAGACUAAAACUAAAACUAGAUUAAAACCUUCUUAAUUUGUCUGAAAUAUAUCCCAGUUAUCAAGGCCAGGAAAGUUAGCUGCUCUGUUGUUGCUCUUCCGAUGAUACUGUGGGAAUGACUGGGAAUGACUGGGAAUUAUUUUGAGAUUCCUGUUGGGAAUGUGUAUUGACAUGAGUCAUGUCCCUAGCCCAUGAAGUGUCUUCCUGAAAGACUUUGGAAGGAGGGAGGGAUGGAAAGGAGGGAGGAACCUGCCAAACAUGAACAAUAGAGUUCUCUGUGUGCCCAUAUCUAUCUCUGCUAUUCAUCAUCCUUUCACACACACACACACGUACACACCAGUGUGGUUGCAAACACAGCUGGAGCGUGGAAGAGGUGUGUGUGUUUGUAUGUGUGUGCGUGCUCGCUUGAUUGAGUUUGUUUAUGUUUGUCAAUUGGAUAAAGUAUGAAUUUAAUACUCGUACUCAAUGUGAACGCGAACUCUUGACCCAGAUAUGAAUGUUAAAGCCACAGUGGACUGUAGAGAGGGGGAGAGUAAUCUGCUUUUUUAUCCCAACCUCCUUUCUCCCUUUGGGGCCCCUGUCUGUCUGUUUCAGCUUUGGGUGGCGGUGGGGGGCAUACAAUGUCUGUGAGGCGAUUAUUUGAGGAAAUGGAUUUAGAAUUAAAUUAAAAACUCAACUGCUGGAAACCCCCCCCCCCUCCCCGCACACACACCACCGCUGACCUUAGAGCUGACUGUCUGGACUGGAGAUCAGUUUUGACCAGGGGUGUGUGUGUAGGGUUGGGGGGGGGUCACAGUCUGUCUAGUAAUAACCAGAACAUCCAUGUACAUGUACGUACAGACACACAUACAGUAUGUGCAUACCAGACGUAGGUUCAAAUAGAUGGGCGGGGUUUGUACAUUUUAGACUAUUCUAUUGGUUCAUGCACACGCACAGGUCUGGUACACAGGUGCACACACACAUGCACCCUGAACAUCAUAGAAACAGGUCAUAAUACUUAUUCUAACAGCCUCUUUCAAUGCACUCUCAGUGGACGUUAUCCAGAUCCAUACAAGGUAUAAUGUCCCCUGUCCCUAUGUAUGUUCCGUGACAGUUAAUCCAUCAAUGGUGGCGUGCGGACAGACACAGAGUUGGAGUUAGCCUGGCCCUAAGGCCCUAAGGCCCUAAGCCCUUAGAGAUCCUUUAAGUGUUUAAACCAGGAAACACGACGGGGGGCAUGUCAAUGAAAGGAGAGGGAUUUGCCCUUCUGAUUGUCAUUUAACAGUUAGUUCCUAGCUAAAUUAAUGGGCUGUUUAUGGGAGUGCCGGAGUGUGUGUGUGUGUGUGCGUGUGCGUGUCACACUGGUGAUAUGUCGUCAGAUGUGGCUUUGGUGGUAUAUUGUCAGGUAUGAGUCAACUACAGUAUGAGUAAAGGGAUUGGCUUGGGACUUCCUGUCCGUCUGCUGAGUGUGUGUGUGUUUACAGGAUGUGUUUGUCUAUGGAUCUGUGUAUGUCUGCGUCUGUAUUUAUUUAUGUGCAGAAGUGUGUGUGUGUGUGUGUGUGUGUGUGUGUGUGUGUGUGUGUGUGUGUGUGUGUGUGUGUGUGUGUGUGUGUGUGUGAGCAGUGGGGAGCAGGGUGCCGACACACGGAAACCGCAGCAGGAGGUCGCAAGUCAUUGUUCCGUAGCGAGCGACAGAAGGUUUGAAACAUCAGCAGUUCUCAUAAAGCGGAUCUGAAGAAUCACGCAAACAAACACCAGGGUCUUAUUCAUUAGUGCAUUUCUUAUUGGACAAAUUCAGUUUGCUCCCUCCCUGUUUCAGCGUGUUUGCAUCCGUUUGGUUCCUGGUAAAUACACUCAAUUUCUAUGAUUUUGACUGAAAUGGCAUCAUAGCAUAGAAUUCCAUUUGUGCCAAAUUGCUAUUCCUCUUCCUCUGUGUGACUGGCAGUUUGUUGUUGGAGCAUGUGUGACUUAUUAAAAAGGCAUCAUGCUACUCACACAUGCACAUCGUUACUUGACACGGCUCUCGCACACUCUCACGCAUAGGAGCGGUAUAUCAGCAGCACUCUGACACACAUGCAUUUGCACACACACACAUACACACACACACAAACACACACACAUUGUGCCUGAAUGGGGGAAUCACAUUAGCCCAAAUAAUAAACAGACACGGUGUGUGUCGCGGAAAUGCAUUGUCUUACUGUGCUAAAUCUGUCACUCUGUAACCUGGGACAAAAACAGCCCACACUGCAGUUACAGCCUGUUACUCUCAGUCACAAACACUAGCUGUGUCAGACACACACACACACACACACACACACACACACACACACAGGCAUGUUUACACACUCUGGCACAUAGAUACACACACAUAGGCAUGUAGACACACAUAAACCUAUCACACACACACUCACCCACACACUAACCCACGCACACACUUGCAUUUUGAUGAGAGAGAAAUGAAAUAAGUGGGGCGGAGUGGGAGACAUUGACAAAAACAACUGUGUGAGGGGGUGGGAGACCGUUUCAAAGGAGUGCUGUACCUCAGCAUCCACACACACGCACACAUCCCUCCAUCCUGGCCUCCUCUUUGAGCCACUAGUGGAGAGCAGCCAGUUGGAACCAGUUCUUACUGUCAACAUCUUCAUACGGAGCGAGAAACGAAGGGCAGGAGGUAGGGGGAUGGAUAGAAAGAGAGACAGAGAGAAUAAUGUCUUGUGCAGAGCUUGGCCACAUCUCCCUGUGGUGCCAUCAGCUUCAAGGAAAACACAGCAGAGACGGCAGCGGUGUGCCAAAAGCACAGAGACAGGGAGAGAGAGGGGGAGGAAGAGAGGUGGAGGGGGAAAUGGAGGGACAGAGAGAGAAGGCAAAUGGAUAAUCUCAGGAUGGGUAGCUUCUCUCUCUACUGUAUCUCUCUCUCUCUCUCUCUCUCUCUCUCUGUACAGGGGAUGUUCUCUCUACUCUGACAAUAGAGCACUAUCAUGUUAGCUGCAGUAGGUCUCCAUUUGUUAUUUCUGUUUUCUCUCCAUCUUGUUUUUAGAGAAGUGUUUUCAUCUGGGAGACUGUCUGACACUAUCUCCUUCCACUACUCUACACACAUGCACACACACUCUCUCUCUUUCGCGGUGACCCCAUUCUUCUCCGGAGGGUCAUCAAUAGUUAAAUAUCCAUGGUGCCUCUGUCCCGCCGGUGUCCAUCCGCUCCAGGCAUUUGACCGUCACAUAAAUGUGGGAGGGGUUCCGCGGCGUGUGUGUGUGCGAAGUGGCGCAGGAGGGCUAGGGUAGGGUGGGUUAAGGGGUUCGUUGGGGGGUUCGUUAUAAUUUAAUGACCUGCCACAUGAGGAGACAACAUGACAAUGUUAAUUAUUUAGCCCUCUUCGCCCUGUGUGCUGAGUAGGGGCGGAACUAGACUGGUUACCCCCCCCCCCCCCUAUUCCCUCCCGUCGUCAGGCAGAUUAUAAGGGUCGCCCAGACGACUGGCUGAUUGACACACACAGUCUGCCAUAGCAACAAUGGCACAUCCCAUACCAUCACAUACAAUAACACACUCAUGUAAUUUGCAUGAACACAUAUGAUGUACAUAGAGCGUACACAUGCUCUGACAAAAACUCAUACACACUCAUAUACACACAUAUACCCAAACAUCAACUCUAACCCACACACACACAAACACAGACACACACUCACACGCGCACACACACACACACACAACUUUAUGACCCCUCACCUGUUUCCAGCAAAUGUCCAGGUGUCUAAUGAGCUGAAUGACCUUUGACCCUGGGGAUAGGGAUAUUGAGGUUAAGGGUCAGGAUGUGACUAGAGAGAGGAAGAGGAAACAGAGGGCACUGGGGAUGUCUGCAGCACGACUCUCCUUCACCUAUCCCCCACCCUCAUCUCUCUCUCUCUCUCUCUCUCUCUCUCGCUCCCUCUCGCUCUAUUUCUCACUCUCUCUCAUAUCCUUCUUUAUUUUCUAAAAAAAACUCGCCCUCUCGCCCUUGUGUUUUUCCCCCAAAAAAAUGUCUCUUGAAUGUGCCUGACAUCACAAAAUGGAAGUUUCCUUGUGGAAAAAAGGAAGUUCUUCUAAAAUGUAGUUUUAAGUCUAAGGACGAAUCUGUGUGGUGAAUGGUGGUUGGGGCCGUUAAAAGAUAAGUGACAUUAUCUCUAUACCGUCUGGCAGUAAGUGAGAACUGGUUAUGUUUACUUCUGGAGGACGGUUUGUGGUUUGGACUCAUGGGGGUUAGGUUAACACCCACACACACAUGCGUGUGAACACACACAGUGCAGAGGGCCAGAGGACAAGUAGCAGUGCUUUCUAGGUUCCCACCUUUGGGGGGGGGGGGGGGGGCUAAGGUGCCACUGACCCGUCUCAGCCAAUCAGAAUAUUCCAUACCUGAAGCGAAGCAUUACAAAAUACCGGGGGACAGAGUGGCCUGGGACACAGGGAGAGGAAGAUCGGAAGAGCUAGAGAGAGUGAAAAGACAGUAGCGAGGGUGAAAGUGAGGAAGAGAGAGUGAAGGAAAGGUUGGUAGAAUAAUUAUAGCCUCAGAUACAUGGAGAGGAGAGGGAAAGAUAAUACAAAUAAAGUCAGAGAGAAGGAAAGACAAGGAAGGAUAUAUAGAGUGAAAGAGAGAGAGGGAAAGCGAGAGAAUGACACAAAGGAGAAGAGCGAAAGAGACACAUUGAAAGCACAUUCAAGUAUUUGACUAUAGGCCUACAUUGCAUAUGACAAUAGGCCUGCAUUUCAUACAAAAACAUUGCUUUAAAUAAGCCUUAUUUAAACCUCUAGCCCUGGCUGUCUAUCUGGUGCAUCUUAGGCAAUAAUACAGUGCCUUGCAAAAGUAUUCAUCCCUCUUGGCGUUUUUCCUAUUUUGUUGGAUUACAACCUGUAAUUUAAAUGGAUUUUUAUUUGGAUUUCAUGUAAUGAACAUACACAAAAUAGUCCAAAUUGGUGAAGUGAAAUAAAAGAAAUAACUUGUUUAAAAAAAUUCAGAAAAAUAAAUAACGGAAAAGUGGUGCGUGCAUAUGUAUUCACCCCCUUUGCUAUGAAGCCCCUAAAUAAGAUCUGGUGCAAUCAAUUACCUUCAGAUGUCACAUAAUUAGUUAAUUAAAGUCCACCUGUGUGCAAUCUAAGUGUCACAUGAUCUGUCACAUGAUCUCAGUAUAUAUACACCUGUUCUGAAAGGCCCCAGAGUCUGCAACACCACUAAGCAAGCGGCACCAUGAAGACCAAGGAGCUCUCCAAACAUGUCAGGGACAAAGUUGUGGAGAAGUACAGAUCAAGGUUGGGUUCUAAAAAAAAUAUCCUAAACUUUGAAUAUCCCACGGAGCACCAUUAAAUCCAUUAUUAAAACAUUGAAAGAAUAUGGCACCACAACAAACCUGCCAAGAGAGGGCCGCCCACCAAAACUCACAGACCAGGCAAGGAGGGCAUUAAUCAGAGAGGCAACAAAGAGACCAAAAAUAACCCUGAAGGAGCUGCAAAGCUCCACAGCAGAGAUUGCGUACACUGCACAGAGCUGGGCUUUACGGAGGAGUGGCCAGAACAAAGCCAUUGCUUAAAGAAAAAAAUCAUCAAACACGUUUGGUGUUCGCCAAAAGGCAUGUGGGAGACUCCCCAAACAUAUGGAAGAAGGUACUCUGGUCAGAUGAGACUAAAAUUAAGCUUUUUAGCCAUCAAGGAAAACGCUAUGUCUGGCGCAAACCCAACACCUCUCAUCACCCCGAGAACACCAUCCCCACAGUGAAGCAUGGUGGUGGCAGCAUCAUGCUGUGGGGAUGUUUUUCAUCGGCAGGGACUGGGAAACUGGUCAGAAUUGAAGGAAUGAUGGAUGGCGCUAAAUACAGGGAAAUUCUUGAGGGAAAACUGUUUCAGUCUUCCAGAGAUUUGAGACUGGGACGGAGGUUCACCUUCCAGCACGACAAAGCAACAUACUGCUAAAGCAACACUUGAGUGGUUUAAGGGGAAACAUUUAAAUGUCUUGGAAUGGCCUAGUCAAAGCCCAGACCUCAAUCCAAUUGAGAAUCUGUGGUAUGACUUAAAGAUUGCUGUACACCAGCGGAACCCAUCCAACUUGAAGGAGCUGGAGCAGUUUUGCCUUGAAGAAUGGGCAAGAAUCCCAGUGGCUAGAUGUGCCAAACUUAUAGAGACAUACCCCAAGAGACUUGCAGCUGUAAUUGCUGCAAAAGGUGGCUCUACAAAGUAUUGACUUUGAGGGGGUGAAUAGUUAUGCACACUUAAGUUUUCUGUUGUUUUGUCUUAUUUCUUGUUUGUUUCACAAUAAAAAAAUAUUCAAAGUGGUAGGCAUGUUGUGUAAAUCAAAUGAUACAAACCCCCAAAAAAUCAACUUUAAUUCCAGGUUGUAAGGCAACAAAAUACUUUCGCUAGCCACUGUACAUGUUUCUACAGUGUAUGUGUCCCAAAUGGCACCCUAUUAACUUUGUAGGGCUCUGGUCAAAUGUAGUGCACUACAUAGGAAAUAGGGUCCCAUUUGGAACACAGUAAGUGUCUGUUUUAACUGAUAUUAAGCUUUUGCCUGUGGUCCUUUCUUCCUCUGAGUCCGUCUUAUAUCCAGAGUUGGACAGUCCAAACUUGGUCCAACCCUAAAUUAACCGUUAUAACUGUCACUUAGAGCGAGUUUAGGGCUCAUACUUCCUCUUAUCGAAGCUUGAUUGUCUUUCUCGUGGGGUGUAUGUGUGUGGGUGCAUGUGUUAACGCAUCGCAGAGGACGGUCUUGUGGUUUCCUGUAUCUGUGUGGUUUCAGACUGGCAAUGAGCCUCACUGGAGAGGAAGAGGGGGAGAUGGACAGAGAGUGGAGAGAGGGAGGGGGAGAGAGAUGGAAAGAGAGAGAGAGAAAGAGAGAGAGAGACAGACAGAAAUAAGAGCGAGAGAGAGAUGAAUAGAGUUGUUAUUGAGGUGUGUUUGAUGGGGUGUGGUUGGAGGAAGACCUCCAGACCGGAUAGAGGGAUAGGACAUGAGAUGGAUCAGAUGUCUUUCUCCAUUGGUUCCUCUCCUCCCACGAGCAUAAUGGGACAUCUAUCUGUCUGUCCCUCUGUUGUCCGUCAUGUCUGUCUGUGUCCUUCCUCUAAACAAGGAAGAGGCUUCUCUCCUACAGUCACAUUUACCCUCUGACCUCUAACCUCUCCCUGAGGGGUCAAGAGAGGAAGGGAGGUAUAAGGAGGGGGAGGGAUGUUUUGGUGCGGACGUUUGGGGCGGAUGCCACAGGAAGUAGUCCUUGCUCAUGUCCUGCCCUCCUGCGGAGACUUCCUGUUACUGUUACAGAAUGCCUAAUCCUGUCCGACCUUGCCCUGUCAUGUCCCUCAAGCAUUUCUGUCCACUCUUCUGUGCCCCCAGGGUGGUAGUGUGUGUGGGCGGUGUGGGAAGGGGAGUGGGUGUGUGUGGGUGUAUGCUUGGUUGUGUGUGUGUGUGUGUGUGUGUGUGUGUGUGUGUGUUCGUGCGUGCGUGCGUGUUUGUGUCUGCCCUUCCGAACCCCUACCAGCCCUCACCUUUUGCCCCACAAACACAGACAGACAGCUGGGUGGGUGUCAUUGGAUCUGUGUUUAGGCUGUCUGUGCUUAGCUGGGGCUCUGUGUGUGUGUGCAGCGAAGCGAGACUCACACUGCAGGCUUUGGAUGUGUGUGUGGUAGAGAGAGAGAGCGAGCGAGCGAGAGAAAGAGAGAGAAAACUGAAGAUAGCAUGUAGCUGAAACAUUUACUCUAACUUGCUCGCACACUUUUUCACUUUUGUAAAAAAUAAUGUCCCAAGAUUAUUGUUUGCAAUGUGAGGACAGCAUCCCCUCUUUUGACAUGCACAUCUCCUAGCUCCAUGCACCUGCAGCACACUGAUUUAAUUUACAUUUACAUGUUGGUCAUUUAGCAGGUGCUCUAAUGCGGAGCGAUUUAUGGUCAAGAAAUCGAACGCAGCAAUCAUCUCCUUUCGCUGUGUCACUCACUCAUCCACUCAUCCCCAUCACGCCGGCUGAUGCAUAGGGCAGCAACAAAGGCUCUCCACUUUUAUCGGUCUUUGGCCAUCUUCAACAUUGUGCCCUACCACUGCUGAUGUGUGUGGUAUAAAAUGUGUGUGGUAUCUUUUGAUUGGUAUAAAAGUCUAACCAUAUCCCCCUCUCUGUGUGUUCUACAGACGUUCCAUGCUAACACAGACCCGUCUGAGGUGGUGUUGAACCGCGUGCCCCAGCCCGUCCUAGCCCGCUUCGUACGCAUCCGGCCCCAGACCUGGAAGAACGGCAUCGCCCUGCGCUUCGAACUCUACGGCUGCCAGAUCAUAGGUGUGUGUGUGUGUGCGUGUGCACAUAUUUGCGUGUUAGAGAGCGAGCCAUGGGAAAAGAGAUGUUUAAGUUAUUUUGCCUUAGAUACCUGAGCCAUCCUUUACAUUACACCUCUGUCACACUGCACAUCAAAAAAUGUUGAGAGCCACAAAUGUGUUCCGGCAUCUCCUGCCCUGUCAGUGAAGAAGCUUAGAAAAUCCCCUUAGAAGAAAUGGCAGCCGGUCUAUGCAUUAACUACGCAGUAACAUGAGCACGCACACAUAAGAACUCCCGACAGCAACCGGAUCAUUAGUCUAAUCAAAGUUUUACUCCAUUCUCAGCCAGCCAGCGCGUCUCCAAUCACUCCCUCUUCCCUAUUCAUAUUUUCUCUCUAUCUUUCCACUCUAUGUUCCUGCUCUCCUUCCUCUUCUCUUUCUCCUCUCUCUCUCUCCCUCGUGAUCAUUCUUUUCUCUCACUUUCAUUCUCCCUGUCAUUCCAUACUCUGUCCUUGUUUUUCCCUCUCCUCUUUCUCCCUCGCUCUCUCCCUCUCCACCUACUCCAAUUCUCUCUAUCAACCUCCUUUCUUUACCUCUGAAUAAUUCUCUGUCUCCUCUCUGUCUCUCCCGUUUUCCCUCUUCCUCUCCUGCCCUUUCCACUGUCAGGAUGUCAACCUACUUUCUCUCAACCCCUACAAUCUCGCAGAUGCAGUAUGUCACAAGAAAGGGUCACAAUCAAUCAUUCAUGACACUCUUGUUCAGUUGUACAUCUUGAACUGUGAUUCACAGAGAGGGAGAGAGGGAGAGAGAGAGUGUCACUCAUUAGCUAGUAUUGCAAGUGUAUGUUAGACUGGCCUCUCACACACAUACUCACUUGAAGACACACACAAUGGCCUCACGUCGAUUCACAUACACACAUACAUUUCUGUUGCCAUUUAUCCAUAAUUUACAUUCAUUGCUAGUGCUGUGACAUAACAGCAUGAAACUUUGAUCUGUGUACUCUUAAACCGUCAACCCUACUAAUGCUCUCCUCUCUUCUCCUCCUCCUCCUCUCUCUCUUUCUCAUCUCUCGGUCUCACUCCCUCUGUCUUGUCUUGUCUCUGGUCUUCUCUCCGCUGUUUCUCCCUCGGUCUCUUCUCCUCUACCUACCUCUUUCUCUCUCUCUUUCCCUCUCUCUUUCUGCCCUUUCUCUCCUAGUUCCAUCUCUCUCUCCUCCUCCUCCUCCUCCCUCCUCCUCCUCCGUCGUCUCCCUCCUCUCUCAUUGUUUAUUUUACAGUUAAUAUGUGAGGGUUGAAAUGUGAUAGUUUUGUGUAAUGUAUGAUAUUGACCCAAUAAGAGGAUUUUUUUUUUAAUGUCACUUCCCACUCCCCCUCCCUUCCCCACUCUUCCCCGUCCCUCUCCCUCAUCCUCUUCUUCCCCACCUCAAGAUGCUCCGUGUUCAGAGAUGCAGGGCCUCCUCUCCGGCCAGCUCCCCGACACCCAGAUCUCGGCCUCGUCGGCUCGGGACAUGCUGUGGUCCCCUGGGAAUGCCCGCCUAGUGGCCAGCCGGUCAGGCUGGUUCCCCGGACCCGCUCAGCCCCUGGCCGGGGAGGAGUGGCUCCAAGUGGACCUGGGUGUCCCCAAGACGGUCCGGGGGAUCAUUACCCAGGGGGCGAGGGGCGGAGAGGGGACAAGCAGCACGGACAACAGGGCCUUUGUGAGGAAGUACCGCGUGGCACACAGUUUAGAUGGGAAGGACUGGGGGUUCGUCAUGGACAGCAAGACCAGCCUGCCCAAGGUGGGUGGGGGUGAUGUGGGGGUUGUGUGUGCGUGUGUGUCAGUGUAAAGUGUGAUUAUACUCAUUUAAAUCAUCUAUAUAAAGAUUUUUGCCACAGUACCAUUCAAUAUUUAUGCUUUAUUUCUGUAUGUGUUGCAGAUAUUUGAAGGGAACACCCACUACGACACCCCUGAGCUACGGCGUUUUGAGGAGACCCUGGCCCAGUUCAUCAGGAUCUAUCCAGAGAGGUGGUCUCCUGCCGGGAUCGGGAUGAGAGUGGAAAUACUGGGCUGUGACGUGCCAGGUAAGACUUGAGCCCGUGGUCUAGCAAGAACACUCCUGGCUUCAAACUUUCAAUCUGUUACUCCUCUCUGUCAUUUCAUAACUGUCAAAAUGCCCUACAAAUAUAUUAUUUUUUAAGUGCGUGCACGUAUUAUAUAUCAUCUGUGAGUCUACUGGAUACACAAUUUGGGAGUUGGAAAGCAAGUGGAAGUGGAAAAGUGAGGGGGGACUUUGAGAGAGUGAAGGUUAAAGUUACAGGGAGUGGAGAAAGGGUUGGACGGGUUUUGAGGAAUCUGUCCCAAGGGUACCAUGCACACACACACUGCUGGUAUGGUCUGCUAUCCAGAUGUGAGGCAGUAGACACAUCUGGUCUCUCACUGCUCACUACUCCCACUGGGCCUAUGCAGGAGCUACAGCAACAGACAGCUCAACACCUACACACACACACACACACACACACGUACACUCACACACACACACACACACACCUCAACUCCCCUGAGCUGGUUCUAGGCUCCACUCUCUGUUCCCACCCUGACUAGGAUGUUCGUCACACACACACACACACACACACACACACACACAACACUUCAGCUCCACCUGUCACAUAAACACACACACACCCUCACUGCAAGCAUACAGUACACACACACACACACACUCACACACACACACAACUCCCUUGAGCUGGUUCUAGGCUCCGCUCUCUGUUCAACACAUACACAUAAACACAUAAACAGACACAGACAGACAGAUACUAUAAUGGCUCCUAAUGGGCCUACACAGGAUGUGUGUGUGUGUGUGUGUGUGCGCGUGUGUUUGUGUGUAAGGUACACAGCCCUGUUCGGUGGUGUAAGGAUGAUGUGGACCUCUUAAUGUUUCAUCCCACUCUUCUCUGACUCACUCACUACGCCAUUAGAGAGGAGAAACAAGGCCAGAACCCUCCAUUAACACAGAACAAUAGGACACACACACACACGCUCUCUCUCUCUGUCAGUAUAACAGGCUAGCGCCCUUUGUUAGGGACCCUCAGUACCACACCCAUGAUUGGCCUACAUGAAUGACUGACAAGAGAGCUGCACUCCUCCCCUCCCUACAUCUCUCUCUCUCUCUCCUUGCUGUCCUCUGUCACUCCCUCCUCACCCCAUCUCUUCCUGCUCCUGCCCCCAGUGGGGGCUACACAUAGGCCCUGGGAUUCAAACCGGCAACCGUUCACCUUGAGGCUACAGCCACAGCCGUCCCCGAUGUUAACCCUGCCACAUGGAAAAGGCAUUGAGACCAGGUGAAAGCCCUGUGUUAAUGCAAUCUGUCACAGGCUUCUCUUUAUUGGACAUGGAUGAGAUCCCAGAGAGAUGGAGUAGUUUAACACAACACUGGUGUUCAACAGAGCAUUUGGUUCAGAAGUGUUCACAGUGCAUGAGUGGGAGGGUUGGAGUGCUGUGCCUCAUAACAGGAGGGAGGAUUGUAAAUCUUUUGUCACCCCUCCUUUUGUCACCCCUCCUUUUUGCUCCCACCACCUCUCUUUCUCAUUCUCGUUCUUAUUCUAUCUCUUUCUCUACCUUUCUCUGUAUCAGUCUCUCUCUACCUCUCUCUGUCUCUCACUCGCUCUCCCUCUAUCCUCUGUCUUUCUCUCUCUUUCUGUCCUCUCUCUGUAUCUGUCUCUCUCUACCUCUCUCUGUCUCUCACUCGCUCUCGCUCUAUCCUCUGUCUUUCUCUCUCUUUCUGUCCUCUCUCUGUAUCUGUCUCUCUCUACCUCUCUCUGUCUCUCACUCGCUCUCCCUCUAUCCUCUGUCUUUCUCUCUCUUUCUCCUUCCUUUCUCUCUCUAUUGCUCUCUCACUGUUAAAUCCCACACAUGGCUCUGUUCUCUUCUCUCCUCUCUCUGUUCCCACCCUUAGGCAUAGUGCGUGGGUCUGUACAUUUAUUUUUUCUUCAUUCUUUCUCCACUCCUCUGUUUCUCAUCACACAUUCCCCCUCUCUGUUCUCUGCUGUCCAUUCCAGGCUCUUUGGUCUAAUUUCUUACACACACACCUCACACACACUUAUGCACACACACAUGCACACACAUUGAACAUAAAACUCUGCCUGGAUAUCUCUUCUGUCUUCCUUCAAGAUCAACUUUGGAGGUUUCUCUUAGGCUUUGUUUUACAGUCUUCAAGGACAUAUUGGGCUCUAUUUUAACCUUUUACUGCAGUGGGCUAAAUCAGGGUCACACAGAGUGUUUCUCUGUAGUCUUAAACAAAUCUACUUUGAAACAAAAGUAUACACCUCACCACUGUAAAAGAAGACACCAUGUCAGAUAUAGAGUUGAAAUGUAUUCAAUUUACACUUUAUACAGUGCCUUCGGAAAGUAUUCAGACCCCUUUACUUUUUCCACAUCUUGUUAAGUUUCAGUCUUAUUCUAAAAUGGAUUACAUUUUUUAAAAUCCUCAGCAAUUUACACACAAUACCCCAUAAUGUCAAAGCGAAAACAGGUUUUUAGAAAUGUUUACGCAUUUAUAAAAAAAUAAAAACAGAAAUAUCUUAUUUACAUAAGUAUUCAGACCCUUUUCUAUGAGACUCGAAAGGGAGCUCAGGUGCAUCCUGUUUCCAUUGAUCAUCCUUGAGAUGUUUCUACAACUUGAUUGGAGUCCAGCUGUGGUAAAUUCAAUUGAUUGGACAUGAUUUGGAAAGGCACACACUUGUCUAUAUAAGGUCCCACAGUUGACAGUACAUGUCAGAGCAAAAACCAAGCCAUGAGGUUGAAGGAAUUGUCCGUAGAGCUCCAAGACAGGAUUGUGUCGAGGCACAGAUCUGGGGAAGGGUACCAAAGCAUUUUUGCAGCAUUGAAGGUCCCCAAGAACACAGUGGCCUCCAUCAUUCUUAAAUGGAAGAAGUUUGGAACCACCAAGACUCUUCCUAGAGCUGGCCGCCAGCCAACUGAGCUCCUUGUAGGUGAGUCGAUGGUCAUGACAGCUCUAAGUUGUCUGUGAAUUGAAACCUUCGAAGGCACCUCUCGCACACUCACAAUCAGGCCUUUUGAGUGGCCAGACGGAAGCCACUCCUCAGUAAAAGACACAUGACAGCCCACUUGGAGUUUGCCAAAAGGCACCUAAAGACUCUCAGACCAUGAGAAACAAGAUUCUCUAGUCUGAUGAAACCAAGAUUGAACUCUUUGGCCUGAAUGCCAAGCGCCACGUCUGGAGGAAACCUGGCACCAUCCCUACUGUGAAGCAUGGUGGUGGCAGCUUCAUGCUGUGGGGAUGUUUUUCAGCGGCAGGGACUGGGAGACUAGUCAGGAUCGAGGCAAAGAUGAACGGAGCAAAGUACAGAGAGAUCCUUGAUGAAAACCUGCUCCAGAGUGCUCAGGACCUCAGACUGGGGCAAAAGUUCACCUUCCAACAGGACAACGACCCUAAUCACACAGCCAAGACAAUGCAGGAGUGGCUUCAGGACAAGUCACUGAAUGUCCUUGAGUGGGCCGGCCAGAGCCCGGACUUGAACCCGAUCAAACAUCUCUGGAGAAACCUGAAAAUAGCUGUGCAGCAACGCUCCCCAUCCAACCUGACAGAGCUUGAGCGUCAUACCCAAGAAGACUCGAGGCUGUAAUCGCUGCCAAAGAUGCUGCAACAAAGUACUGAGUAAAGGGUCUGAAUACUUAUAUAAAUGUUAUAUUUCUGUUUUUUAAUUGUAAUAAAUGUACAACAAUUUCUAAAAACCUGUUUUUGCUUUGUCAUUAUGGGGUGUUGUGUGUAGAUUGAUGAGGGAAAAACAAACAUGUUUUACAUUUUAAAAUAAGGCUGUAACGUAACAAAGUGGAAAAAUUCAAGGGGUCUGAAUACUUUCCGAAUGCACUGUAUACAUCACAGAAGACAAAAAAUAUGUAUAACACAACUGUUUGACAUAGAAACACCGGAUUUUCACCGGAUUUUUUAAAGAUAAUGUUGAUUAAUUAUGAAAUUAUGAAAAAUAUUAGUAACAUUAUAUGUUUUGAUUCAAAAAGAAAUUAUAGGUGUGACUAGGGCUUGGCCACUCAUUGGCCUAUCAACACAUUUCUUGUUGAUGGCCUUUGCAUUGUCAUCAACUCCAAUUAGGCUGGGGGCAUGGAAUAUUCUCUUCCUAGCACAUUGUGGAUUGAUACAGGUUAUUAAAUAGCAUAGGCUACAGUAAUGAGUAAUAGCAACAGUAAAAAUAAACAUCUAGUGUUUGCUCAAUAUUUUUGGAGUGUUGACAGUCAACAUUGUUGUAAUUGGCUUCAAUGAGUAUAGUAGGCCUUUACGCAUCGCACUUCUCAAAUAACAAAUACUAGGCUCCCGUGAAUUGUAUUGUAUGUGUGAGGCACGUUCUCAAUAAGCAAUAUAUAGCCUAGGCCUACCGUUGAUAUGGCAUUAUAGGACUGAAUAAUUUGAAUAUGUUUGGAGGAGUACAUAAUAAUAAUAUGCCAUUUAGCAGACGCUUUUAUCCAAAGCGACUUACAGUCAUGUGUGCAUACAUUUUUACGUAUGGGUGGUCCGGGGGAUCGAACCCACUACCAUGGCGUUACAAGCGCCAUGCUCUACCAAUUGAGCUACAGAGGACCACCCAUACGUGGCAUCUUUGGUAACUGGACAAGAUGUGCUCUUUGGAAAUGGGGAUGUAUACAAGCCGAAUGGAGUAGCCUAUGCACCGCAGGUAGGUCUAUGUGAAUUGUGAAUAAUGCGAAUUCAUGACGAGUAAAGCCUCACGAUUGGACCAUUUAGACACAUUUUAUGGAUAGGCUACUUGGCUAAUGCAUGGCCAUGAUAAGAAAGACACCAGACACAUUGCUGUUGAACCAGCUUUCGUUAUAGUAGAGUAAGGGUAGCCUAUAAGGGCUUGUCUUUUAAUCAAACGAAACAGAAAACAAGCAAUUGUUACAUGAACAUUACAAACACUUAAAUGUUUCUAAAUACGAGUGUCACCAUGUUAUCUCAUCUCUCUUUCCAUGAUGGGCAUAUAGCCUACAUGGAGGGGUUUUUAUGCACAUCCAAAAUAAUAACAGGAGCUGGCUAAAAUGUAAAGUGAUGCCUACUGUAGAUUAAAAGGGGAUGUCCGCUCACUGUUUUGCGGCUCCCAAACUUGAUAUUUUAAUAAAGCUUUGGUGAUGAAGAUUUAUUUCAAAGUGAGCGAAUGCAUUGAGCAGGACAAAAAAAAACAGCCUUCAUUGAGAGGAGGGGAGGCUAUGCUUGGUUUUUAAUAAAAUGAAACGAAAUGGUUUAUGGGCACAAAAAGUACAUCUCUCUUGUUCCAUGUGCAUAUGGGCACUGUGCGUCAUGGCUGGAUAGGCUGCACUUCUGCUGUCAAGAUCCAUGCCAAAGAACAGCUUUUGGUUUGUCUUAAAUAUCCCCACCAGCGCUGCCUGAAAUUGGCACUUUGGCGCACACCUCAAAUAUUGCCACCCCUCCCACCUCAGCACAAGCGAGCUCAUAUAAGACAGGUAAAUUACCAAUCCUGGCGCUAGGGUUUGAAAAUAGAAGAGCGCCGGCUUUAACAGGUCGAAAUUGCAAACGAGCAUGUUUGACAAUUGCACUGGCUUAAUGCCUGCUGGAAAUAGAGCCCAUUGUCCUAUUCCUUUUGAUAAUGAUAAUCCAGAUAGAGAGAGAGAGAGUGUGUUUGUGUUGUGUGCAUGUGCGUGUGCAUGUGGGGAUGAUGCUAAGGCUUUGCUGUGUGUGUUUGUGUAUCUGCACUCUUGUAUGCGCCAGCGUUUUCUCCCUUACAAUGUGACUCGGGUGUCACAGGGGGUGGUGACCUCACUCUUAUACCACUUAACCCUACAUGUCCGGCAGGGGGGGAAAACAUAAUUUUUUCCCAGCAUGCACUCUGUCAUCUGUAGGAGUUGUGUGAGUGCGUGGGAGUGUGUGGGUGGGAGUGCGUGCGUUUGUGCGUUUUACAUAUUUUGCUGAGUCAGAUUCUUCGGAGAGAACGAUGGCAGUUUUCCAGAAGAGAAGGAGCGGCGUGGGGGGAUUGAGAAUGGUGAGAAGGGGUGAGGGGGUUGAGCGCUGUUCAGUGUAUUCUCUGUAACAUAACAGUUCCCCUGGUGCCAUUUGUAUCAAGCGUCUCAGAGUAGGAUUGCUGAUUUAGGAUCGGUUUUGCGUUUUAAAUCACAAUAAAUGACAUAACAUAGAUUGAGUGCUGAGUAGAUCCUAGAACAGCCUUCCUACUAUAAGACACUUAAUACAUAUGGGCCCUGUACUCCUUUCCGGUCUGAAGUGCAGUGCUUUGAAGGGGCUGUUCCUGCAUGAGGGUCCCUCUCCCUGCAUGAGGAGGCCUUCUGCUGCAUGAGGGGACCCUCUACCUGAAUAAGGAGGCCUUCUCCUGCAUGAGGGGAUCCUCUCCCUGCACGGUUAGGCCUUCUCCUGCUUGAGUCGGACUUCUGCUGCAUGUGGAGGCCCUCCUGCACGAGGUGGCCUUCUGCACAAGGAGACAGGCACAGUGAUACUGUAUAAGGGAGGCCUCUCGGUGCAGCUCUGUAGCUGUUUCCUCACACAUGUCAAGGAGUGGAGAGCCCUCGGGGAGAGGCAGGCGGGUCAUAGCUCCUCGUCACUCUUCCGUUACCCCUGACACCUCUAUCACACACGCACACACUCAUACACACACAGAGACACGCACACACAGACACACACACACCCCUGUCACACCCUACAAAGGUCAAGCCGUUUACACUGUGACAAGGCCUGACCUUUGAAGCACAGAGAUGCAAUGGCUUGGAGGAAUGGCUUGCGCUAAGGGAGAUAAAAUAAUAGGAUACAUGGAGAGAACAGAGGGAGAGGGAAAAAGGGGAUAGCAGAACGAGGGAGGCUCUCGGAUGUGAAAAAGGUUAGGGAGGAGUAGGGGGUUAACGUAUUGCCGGUGGGGUCCCCGUAGCUCCUUGGUGAUUAAAAUCUGAUUAGCCAACUAAUUGCCUCAGUAAAGGGUGUGACAUUAACGUUAGGCUAAUGUCACUCAGUCAGAGACCUCAACAGCUGGGCACUAUCCUUUCAUGUAGCGGUAUUUAGUUGUGUUUCUCCACAGCUCCAGACGUCCGGCUGCGUUCGUUUAAUUCAUUUCAUCCGUUUCAUUUGUUUCCUCACAGGAAGUUGUGUCACGGUAAAAUGUCGACGGAUCAAUCGACUAUGGUGUCCAUGACUAUGGUGUGGACAGCCUCAGUCUCAGCAGGACUCGUUUCAUUCUCAGCAGGACUUGUUUCAAUCUGUCCUAAUAUGGACAACGUAAUCAACUUCCCUCCAUGUUUGUUGUCGUCGGUGUUUCUCAAACGCUGCUAAACGCUAAUAGUGCUAGCCAUGCCCAGGAAGCAUCAUUACACUGAUGUAGCUAUUAGCUAGCAGGCUAGCAGCUAUGUCUUUGGACUGCAGAUGCAUCCAGAUUCUGCAAUAGCAGUCUUGCUUUCCAGAUGUUUGCGUGUGAGUUUGGUGUCUCUCUCUAGUCAUUGCACUCUCCUAAAUGACGUCUCUCCUAAAUUACAUCUUGGGGAAAGAAAUGUUUUGCCAUCUUGGAUACACAUUUUUACAUAGAAAUCACCUCACUUCAAUUGCACUUAUGAGGGAUCAGAAAGCACAAGUUGAAUGUACGGUAUACUCUGCAGUGGUUCCCAAACCUUUGGAACAGAGCCUGGAACAGAGUUUUCACAAAUUCCCAUGAUGUGAUAAAUUGGGCCAUUGGUGUAUGAUAAUAUGAUUAGGACCUUGGUUAGAUUGUGGUUAGAAAGCAGAGAUGACCCAAACCUUUCCCUCUGUCAUUGCAUAACAAAACCAGAGUUGUCCCAUCUGGUCCCAAUAACAUGCCCACUUAUCCCGAUAACAUUCCUAAUGCAGUCUGUAGACCAUGUGCCGCUGGAAGGAGUGUGUGUGUGUGUGUGUGUGCAUGCGUGUGUGUACUCGCAUGCAUCCAUGUGUGUGUGUCCGUGCAUGCUCGUGUGUGUGAUCAUCCAUUCCAAGGUGAACUAGCUAGGCUCAUCCAUCACCCAUGGAGCCAGAGGUGUCUGGCCUGUCCUACCAGGGCCCCAGCCGCUGGUCUGACUGGGCUGUGGAUGGAGGUGGAGACAGUGGAGACGGUCGAGACUCAUGGAGGCAGGGAGAUGUCUGGGCUAAAAGACCCAUGGAGGGAGGGAGAUGUCUGGGCUAGGAGACACAACAUGACUGGGCUAUCACCGCCUGGCUUAGCCUGUCACGUCUACUGGGAGGGGGAGGGAGGGAGGGAGGGAGGGAAGGAGGGAGGGAGGGAGGACGGGAGGGAGGGAGGGAGGGAGGGAGGACGGGAGGGAGGGAGGGAGGACAGGAGGGAGGGAGGGAGGGAGGGAGGGAGGGAGGGAGGGAGGGAGGGAGGGAGGGAGGGAGGGAGAAAUUGUAUUCAUGGGCAAACUGUUGAUUAGUCAGAAAGCUGUGGUCACAUUCACAGAGCGGUGUUGUUUAAUUGAGUAUGCUUCAUUGAGUAUGUUUCAUUGAGUAUGUUUCUUUGAGUAUGUUUCAUUGAGUGUGAGUGUGUGUCUUGUAUGAAUUUGAGUAGAACUUUGUAUGUUACAUUUUGAGCAUCUUGGAUGUAACUGGCAACACUUAUCUUGUCUCCAUAGAAACCAGCACACUGGCCGACACAGCCACGCCCACUUUGUCUGGUCCAAUGGAGAGUAGCACCGCCCAGCGGUCGGGCAGAGGUGAGUGUCUGUAAGCCUGUUGUGUGGAAAUGUUGCAUAUAGAUAAGUUAUGUUUGUAUGUAUGUUAUUGUAGAAUGUUUAAUGGUUGAUGUCUCUCUAUCUCUCUCUCUCUUCUCUCUGUCUUUCUCCGUCCCUCUCCCACCCUUUCUCUCCAGGAGCUAGCUCCUCCCCUCCGUCCAUGGGUGGUGUGUGUGACUUUGAGCAGGGUCUGUGUGGCUGGACUCACGACCCCAGCGCCCCGCUCCAUUGGUCCCUCCACAGCAGCUCCAAAGCCCCAGCCCAGGGCCCCAGCCUGGACCUCGCUCUGCCCCCCACCGGUGAGUCUCCUUGAGCAUAGCACAGCUAGCUUCCCCCCCUAAGUCAGGGUUGGCAAAGGUGGUUCACCACAACCAUCUUCAGAAGGCAAGAAAGAGGUUAGAUAGCCACUUGGGCUAAUUUAGCUUGAUAUACAGUAAAGUCCUUGUUUGGUGUUUGUAAACAUGUGGGUGUACAAAAACUCUGUUUGAGCCCCAGCCGAGGCUGAUUUUGUGACUUAUAAACACACAACCACACAGACAUACAAACACGCACACACACACACUUAUAAUGUGUAACUCAUCCACUCUGCUCUAUGUGACUGCGCUAUAACUCUGUGAUGCUAACGGGGCGUUCCGGGAGCGUUCUGGGCAGGAAAAAGUUAAGACCCAGUAGCACUUAUUAACUACAGAGACAAGAGGAAAAACCAGGAAAACCAUAUUCCCAGCCGCGCCUUCCUGCCCCUCGAUUACCUUGCAGGCAAAUCUCUGGCUCCCUAAGUAGACUUCCAUGUACUUAGAGCAAUUAUUAAGUUCCCUUUAUACAUACACCCGGAUCAAAAAAGAGUGAAGCUUUUGGCAUAUUAAUUAAAGAUAUGAGCAGUUUGGAGUUUUUCUUUGAUGUUUUCUUACACUGACUGCGCAAUGAAUGGCAUCCUAUUCCCUAUAUAGUGCACUACUUUUGACCAGGUCCCUAUGAGCCGGUCCUAUGGGCCUUGGUCAAAAGUAGUGCACUAUUAUAGGGAAUAGGGGGCCAUUUUGGACUCAGCCACUGAGGGUUAAAGGGAUUGUUAUCCUGACCUUGUUUUAAAAUUCAUUGGUUUUGAUAUAUUUCAAAUGGGGCCCAUGAAAGAUUUAACAAGCUGCAGCUGUGAAGAGUGAAAAGGGGAGUUUCAGGACCAUUCUGCUUGCGCUCAAGGGCGUUCGGAAUCUCUGAUGUCACCUGGGCUUUAGAUCAGGGAAUCUCUGGGAUGUAGGUUGAGGAUCGUAGCCAAAACAUCCAAUCGGAUCGCUCUGUUAAUGGUUAGCCUAAGACUCUCUCUCUCUCUCUCUCUCUCUUGCUCUCUCGCUCUCAUUUUCCAUUUCUGUCGCUCUCACUCUCCCUCUCUCUCUCUCUCCCUGUCUAACUUUCCUUUCUCUCUCUCUCUCAUGACCCAGAAAACCCAGACCCAGUAACCUCUUGAUCUCUUCCUCUAAAAUGUAAAAACAUAACAGCUGGAGAACUAGCGCCAUAGCAUAUCAACGUGUGGUGCUGGCGGCGUCGAUAACGAGGCCUGUGUUUGUAGAUUGAGUUCUCGUUGUCUUCGCUCGCUGCAGGAGACUGCUGAGAAAAUUGAUUAAUAAUGCUGUUGCAUCAUAUCACGCGAACGCGCCCCUCUCGAUUAUGAGCUGUCUGCUGAACAAGCUGUGGAACAAUGGGGGGAGCUUUCAGAGACGCUGGGUUCACCCGAGGUGUAGGGAGAGGGGGGAUUCUGCAAACACAUUAAGAUCAGUUUGAUAAAGUGGGGAUGUUUUCUGUGUGGUGAAGACCCACACAUACACACACACACAGUCACACACACACUUGCAUUCACACACUCGCGCACACACACACACACACUCACACACAGAUAGACACACAGAGAUAGACAGUGCCGUAUGGUGCUUCAUGGGAGGGCUCCUUACAAACACACACACUCUGUGGUGUUUGGAAGGGCCAAGGGAGACCCUGUCACACACACUGUCUGAUGUGACACACACACUAGAGAGCAGAGGGGGGGGAUGCCAUCUUGGAGGAAGCCUUCUUCCCCUCCAUAGUUACGACUGUGUGAUCUGCUAGACAGACUAUUAGAGUGGCUACAGACAUACUGCACAGUAUGAUACACACUUGAAUGUACUUAAGCUUUCUCUCCCUCUCACAUACAAUAACAAUUUCAGUGGUCUCCCAGAUCCAAGUUAGGUGCAAAUUCUAGAGUGUACAUUUCCUAGACAAAGUGUCAAAUUGAUUACAAGUGAGUUAUCUGCAUUUACAUUGUGGAUGCUGAUUGCUGUCCUUAUACAGGUAGUCUAAACCUUUAAUAUAAUCGAAUAAACUAUUUAGUUCCCUCCACGACAGCACAUUAUUUUUACGAUGUACAUGUAGCUACAGUAACUAUAACAUAGACACAAAAGAACCAUGCUGAAUUCAGUUUGCAAUUUAUUUGUCUAUAAAAAAUAGUCAAGCUUGUGGUUCCACAGCUUAUGCUGUGAUCCACACAUUGAAUGUUCUGUGUUGGACUGAGUCUUUUGGCAGUGACACUGACCCUCCAUUUUAGGUUAAAACUACCCUUAGAGUCCCUCACAUUUACAUCCUCCUUCUCUUGUGGUCAGAGUCCUGGUCAGAGUCCUGGUGAGUGCUGCUGCUCCUCUUAUCACCACCAUCUCUCUUAGUGAAGGCUGCUGAUUGGUUGUUGGAGACUGCUGUCUGGCUCGUAGCUGUCUGACUAGUGGAUGAUUGUUUAGUGGCUGUCUGGCUCGAUGGCCAAAAUGCAGCGGCAUUCUGCUGGCUAGAUGACCAAAAUGUAGCGGCUGCUGAUUGGCUGGGCCAGACUGUCGUGUUGGUAGUGGUUGCUGAUUGGCUGGGCCAGACUAUUGUCUUGGUAGUGGCUGCUGAUUGGUUGGGCCAGACUGUUGUCUUGGUAGUUGCUGCUGAUUGGUUGUGCCAGACUGUUCCCUGGCCUUUAGCUGAUGAUUGGCUGGGCCAGAAUGUUGCCUGCCAAGUGGCUACUGAUUGGCUGUUGUCUUUCACCUCCACAACAACAUCGACAUCCAUUGGCUCCACAUCCUGAUGACAAGGCACUUGAUUGCUGUUGUUGAUCUGUUGAUCAACAUCGACAUCCAUUGGCUCCACAUCCUGAUGACAAGGCACUUGAUUGCUGUUGUUGAUCUGUUGAUCAACAUCGACAUCCAUUGGCUCCACAUCCUGAUGACAAGGCACUUGAUUGCUGUUGUUGAUCUGGGGCCCCUCUUUCCAGUCCAUAAAAUUGUCCUGGUCUUGUCCAUAGCUGGAGUUUGACUGGAAGGUGGCAGGGGCUGAGUUGGGCUGGAACUGGCAAGCAGAGGGGGUACUCAAAAAUCUACUUUGCCAUAAUCAAUAAAUCACAUUGUACUUAUAAAGCCCUUUUUACAUCAGCAUUUGUCACAAAGUGUUUUAGAGUAACCCACCCUAGACCCAGGGCUCUGGUCAAAACUAUUUCACUAGCUAUAUAGGGAACAAGUUGCCAUUUCAGGCUACUCACUAUAAUCUAGGCCAAACAAACCUGGUUCAGGAUCUGGUAGGGAGCCACUCCAGGCACGGGAGAUCCUCCAGUCAUCUGUGUGAUCAGCCAUGAGGCAAGAACGUCCUUAGGAACCAUCGUCAACAAUGAGAAGGGAUGGAGGGGCCCAAACUGGCUCAGAUAUUGGAGAUAGCUCAUUAUUGCAAGAACUUGGUAUAAUUAUUAAAUCAAAGAUAGUUCAGAGCAGAAAGCAAUGUGAUAGGCAAUGCUUUCAAGUGUCUAAAUGAUAUGGUUGAACUCUAGAACGUUGCUUCACAGGUGUUCUGUUGACAUCACAGCUGCAUCACAAUCGAGGUCAAUGACUAUGACAUCGUGCACUGUACUCAAGUUCAUAGAAUUCUGUUUCUAUGGCUUCAACUAAAAAGCAAUGAAGGCCCAUUCCUUAAUAAAAAGUAGUUUUCUAUUAAAAAAAAUUAAAUACAUGUUUUCUAUGAAGCUGAGGGAUGGAGCUGGAGAAAUGUAAUAACCGAACAAUUCGUAGAUGGAGCUAUAGAUGCAAGGACUGAAAGUCCAUGGGGUCAAAAUGAUAGUUUUAAUCAUAUUUUGAAGAUAGACAUUGUUUACUCAGACAUUGUUUACAAUUUACACCUGAUGUCUGGGUACAGGGGACAUAUCAUAUACUAUUUAUAUUUGACAUAUAUUACAUAAUUCCAUGUCAGGUUGUAAUAUAUAACGGUUUAUUCAUGAACAUUCAGUUGGAAUAUGGUGAUGCUAAUAUCCAUAACUUCAUUGUACCUAGUGCCUCUUGGACAAUAUUCACACACACACACACACACACACACACACACACACACACACACACACACACACACACAAUGAUUUUUAUCUGUAGUUCUCUGACCUAACUGCUCUAACACACACUGCGAUAAAGCACAGGUGAUCUUGUCAGGAAUGUGUUGAUACUGGACCAUCGGCCACUUAACUCUUAGAAGAAUUCACUCUACACACACACACACACACACUCCCUGUCAGGUUCAAUCCCACAAAGGAUUCCAAGUCCACAUCCAAUUUACUAACUAAACAUCCUUUCUGUAAACAACUGUCUGUGUUUAACACAAUGCUAUUGUGUAAGUGUUCUACCUGAAUACCAAUGGGAAUGGCUCCCUUGGGUUGGCUGUGAAUUCAUGACCUUCCCUUAGUGCUUGACUCUCUCACUGACCCUAUUCUUCUGUUAGGCGUGUUUUGGUAUGUAUCAUAUCCCUGUGCUAUUGUAGGUCUGACCAUGUAGUUGUGGUAUUAUUAUUGUGUGUGAGUGUGUGUGCAGAUGCGCUGAUGUGCGUACGUGUGUGUGUACACUCCCUCGUGUGUGUGUGCACGUGUGCCUAUGUGUAUGUAUUGCCCAUACGUGUGUACACGUACUGUGUUCCCCUCACUGCAACAUCUCAAGUCUCUAAACCCACCACUGCAUUGUCCCCCCCCCAUCCCCCCACACAGACCUGAACAGCUACCUGUACAUCGAGGCCAACACCAAGACGGAGCAGCAGCGAGCCAGGAUCCUAAGCCCCGUGGUGGGGCCCGACACGGGGCCUCUCUGCCUGCUCUUCUCCUACCAGCUGUGGGGAGAGGCCCAGGGCACCCUGCACGUCCUGCUCCGCGAUGCCCACCACGAGGAGACCCUUCUCUGGGCACUCCGCGGCGACCAGGGCCCCGUCUGGAAGGAGGGCCGCACCAUCCUGCCCCGAUCCCCCAAGGAGUUCCAGGUAUUCGAGCGUUGGCAUACUCCCUUCUCCCUUCCAAAAAAAGAGUCUGUGAAGAGUUAGCUGGAGAAACAAGUAGAAGUAGUAUAUUAGUAGUGGUUAUGUGUUGCAGUGGUCCAUACUCAUGGUUAUCGAUUCUAUGUAUAAGAUAUAUCCCUGCAUCCACAUGUAGUUAAUUUGCUUCUUCCUCCUCCUUCCCCUACUCUUCCUCCUCCUCCUCCUCCUUCCCCUACUCUUCCUCCUCCUCCUCCUCUCUUCCUUCCUCCUCCUCCUCCUCUUCCUCCUCCUCCUUCCCCUACUCUUCCUCCUCCUCCUUCUCCUCCUCUUCCUCCUCCUCCUUCCCCUACUCUUCCUCCCUCCUCCUUCCUCCUCCUCCUCCUCCUCUUCCUUCCUCCUUCCCCUACUCUUCCUCCUCCUCCUUCCCUACUCUUCCUCCUCCUCCUCCUUCCCCUACUCUUCCUUCCUCCUCCUCCUUCCCCUCCUCUUCCUCCUCCUCCUCCCCUCCUCCUCCUCCUCCUCCUCCUCCUCCUUCCCCUACUCUUCCUCCUCCUCUCAGGUGGUUAUGGAAGGCUUCUUUGACCGCGGAACCAAGGGCCAAAUCAUGAUCGACAACAUCCACAUGAGUUCUGGUACACCUUUGGAGGAGUGCACACGUAAGUCUGCAGAUCAUACACACACUCACUCACACACAUACAAACAUGUGUACACACACACAUACAUGUGUACACACACACCUGACCCUCCAGCACCCCGGUUAUUUUCCUCCAUCAUCCCACCACCACACCACUCAACUUCUGUUCCCCCCUCCAUCUCUCUCUCUCUCUCCAUCAUCCCUUCAUUCCUUCUCUACCUCCGUCUCCUCCUCCUCUCCUCCCCUGGAGUCCCCGACCUGUCACUCCAGUUGUGCUCUAAACACCCCACACACACACAAACACAAACACACACCCCAAGUUCCCUCAGCAGAGUCUUGGGUACAGACUGACUGGUACUUCUGAAAGCCGGAGCGAAGAGAUGAAAGGAGAGAGAAUGAACGAAAGAGUGGAGUGUUAUUCCUCUUCCAGAAAAGGAAAGGAAGAAUAGAAAGUAGGCCAUAAACGCCCCGUGGGCCCCACCAUGCUAAUCUAUGUUUCAUUAGAUAUCUUCGUCUCCUUUCCUCUCGUAUCUGUAAACAGAGCUUUCCAGAGCCGUCAAAGCAAUAGCUCCUGCGCUGGUGUGUGUGUGUGUUUGUGUGUGUGUGUGUGUGUGUGUGUGUGAGUGAGCUGGGCUUUUUAAUCUAGCCAGAGCAGGGGGGUUUAGGAGUAGGUCUUAAACAGAUCACAGACAGACCGUGGGUUCCGAGCCAAAAACCUGCCAUCAUCUACAUUAACUUCCAAAUCCGAACAUCAGGCCAUAGAGUUGGGCUGUGUGUGUGGGUGUGUGGCGGGGGGGUUGUGUGUGUUAGUGAGUGUGCGUGUGCACUUGUGUACGGUAGUGUGGUUCUGAGAUGAAAGAUGAAAACCCGUCCCCCCUAUGUCAACCGGUGCGGAAGUGCCUCCACUCUUCUCCCCCUCUCUACCCAUUUCCUCCUUCUUCCUCCUUCCCAAGGCAUGCUGGGAGUGCUCUUAUCAACCAGCGCAGUCGAGUUUGUUCACAGCACAUUGGUGUUACCGCCAAAAAGGCCCCACGUCCCAAGUCUCCCCUCUCACAGGCCCCCAUUCUUUUUGUUGCCAUUCCAAGUCAAUAAGGCUGAACGUUGUGUGUGCAGUCAGCCAUCCAGGCAGCAACCUUCCCCAGCUUAACUGGACUCCACCGAUAAACAACUUUGAAUGACUCAAACUUCACACAGUCGCCCUCCAAGUCUCCCAACUCACAAUCACACCCUCUUUGACAUUACAUUCUACCCCAUUAACAUACAUACCCACAUGCUCUUUCAUUCUAUUUCUUUUCAGUUGCAGUACUAAGAAAGUUGUCAAUAGGCUAUAGAGUGAUAUCAGUGCCAACAGAAAUUGAAUCCGAAUUCAACAAUUUGUCUAAAUGUUUUUGGCUGACUUUCCUAGCUAUUAUUUAGGUUAUAAACAGUCUUGUUUGUUUCUUUAUUUCUCUCUUUCAGAACCCUUCGCUGCCUUCCCUCCUGACAUGACAGGUGAGUUUUCUCCCCUUUAGCCGUGUAAUGAUGUCACUUCCUGUGCAUAUGUUUCUGCUUCCUGCUCGCUGCGCUGCACUGUACAGCUUUGGCUCAUGGGAGCUUUGCUUGAUGGCACCCAUGUGACAAGCCCGGUCCAACCAAUAGAAAUGGGUGUGCAAGAGCUGUGUUCGCCGCUUGAUUAAUGCUGCCUUGGUGACAAACGAUUCCAAAAAUCAUCAUCAGCAUCCAGACAUCAUCAAAUGACAUCAGAGCCCACUGAAUCCAGCAGAAUCCAGUUUAUUGCAGAGAAAUUCAGACUAUUGCUUUGACAUCCAUGGUUUUAAAAUAACUGUCUGCCUCAAUAGAAAUAUUGGGAGAGCUAUAGGGGAUUGAUGUUAUUGCUUGAUAUAGCGUUUUUGGCUGCUGGUUCUAAUAAGAUAAGAGUGUGUGUGUGAUGUGUGCAAUUUCUUCCUCCACCGUGACGCACCCACACACACACACAGACUCUCACACACAUACACAGACUCUCACACACACACAGAGUCAUACACACACACAUGCACGCACACCCACACAGACACACAAAAACACACACACACACACUCCCUAGUGAAAAGUAAUCAAAUAGAGUGACUGAGCUGCGACGCCGGUGUCUCUCUCAUCCUCUCAGCUCUGUCUAAUGAGCGUGUGCACAGUGCAGUGGCAGGUACACGCACCAUUUCCCUCUGUAAUUAUGUGACAUGGUCGAAUACUCAGGGUGGCUUCAAAUCUACACCGUACAUGGAGUCUCUCAGCUAUCUCUCACUUUCUCUAAUUCUCUCUCUCUCUCUGUCCCCAUCUGUAUGACUCUCUCUCUCUCGCUCUCUCUCUCUCUCGCUCUCUCUCUCUCUUUCCCGUUCCUUCUCUCGGGCUCUUGAACUGAUGGUUUUGGUCCAUUUUCUUAGCUUAGACCAAAGAGUGCUUGGAAACUGUUGUCGGCAUAUGAUUUCACAUACCAGACCUGUAUGAAUAGGAGAGCUUAAGCCUUGAAAGACGUUGUUAGGGCGAUUGCGCAAAGAAUGUGAGAAGGGUUCAAAGGAUUGAAGUAGAGGAGCUGUGUUGGGGUGUUGGGUGGGUCUCCGCUGAGAUACUUCUUGGCUUGAAGAGGAAAGAACUGGCCAAGAGAGAAACGAAAACAAAGACUAGAACAGAACAGGGCAAUGUGUCUUCCAAAGAAAUCCACAUGAACCUGCCAAACACAAAUUCCAUCACUGUCUCCAAAUUAAAGAGAGAAAGAUCCAGAACAUUUCUAUUUAGGCUCCAUGGGGUCUUAUGAUUGGUCAGUGGAGCAUUGGAACUUCCUGUACCAACAGGAAGUAGUGGCUCCUCAUUGGGCAAAAAUUAUUUUACUUUAUCAGCGUAGUCACGUAACAUUGCAUCAAGGUGACUUUUCAAUUGAAUUUACAAAAAGUCAACAAUUUACACAAUUUGUGUCUUGAUCCAACCCAGGUUUCAAUCAUAAAUCGACCACAGGGCUUGACACCUCUUUGAUUUGAUUGCUUACAAACUGAAUUGAUGUUUGUUGACAAGUUAAUUAGGUAUCAAUUCAUAUUGGGCAUUGUUCAGACGUCUUUGUCCAGUGGGUCUCUUGUGUGUGUGUAUCUGUGUGUGUGUGCGUGCAUCCGUUCUGUUACAGCUAAUUAUCAUGCCCUUUGUUUCACACCAAAUUAUUACAUGAGAGCUUUAUUCAUUGGAGCAUUGGAUCAAUUCAACCCCCCCCAGACUAAUUGAAAAUCCGUAGCUAUACUCUACUGCUCUUGGUGUGAAAAUCACCUCUCUCACCAUCGACUGCAACCCAAGCUUCAGCCAUAAGAUAAAGAAAACCCUGGAUGCAUUUGAUUUAAUUUAGCCAUUAUCUGUGAUGAAUACUUUUUUUCCGUUUGAGCCGGCAUGCUUGUGCAUGCCCAUGUGCUCGUAUGCCUGCUGUUCAUGUGAUGGAAAGCCACAGGGGAGAAAUAAAACACAAAAACAAAGCAGUCCAUUGGAUGUGCUUUGCUUGCCUCCUCUCUCCUCCCCCCGAGCCAACAUAUUCCUUAUCUCUCCACCAGGGGGAGGUGUUCCUGGCGGGAGUGACCCCACAGUAGACACGUUGGCGCUGCCACUCAUACCCACCCUCUGGUACUACCUCGUGGCCGCCGGGGGUGCCCUGAUACUCCUGGCAGUGGCCAUCUUGGUACGGGUGCUCUGUUGCCAUCGACGAAGGCUGGCAGCGAAGAAGAGCCAGCUCUCGGUGGCCUACCACAGCCAAUCCCAGUACUUUCAGUACUCCCAGUCCUCAGCCAGUAACCCGGUAACAGCCGCUCCAGGGACGGAGCCCGUGCUCACCGUGAGGCUAGACAACCACAGCCACCAACAAUAUGCCCUCUGCUGAAAGGAAGAGGCGGGGCUUAAAGCUAAACCCCUCCCCUUUUGAUGACAUGGAUCAUGGAUGAUGCAACGGGGAACAAGGAUCGGAGUGGUAUUGACAGUGACAUUUUCUGUUGGGUCCUGCUUUCAUCAGCAGUGGAUGUUACUGUUCACAGACUAACUCUUCUAACACUAUUUCUAUAACUUUAAUCUGUCUACGGACUAUGGAUGUAGUUUUGGUCACUGUUUUUUAUGGGGGACUUGGUCGUUGACAUUUCACACUUCAAGCUGUGGUGAUGUGAUUCAGAGAGAUAUCAAGCCAUCUAUAUGAGUGGCUCGUUUCAAACCCAAUCUCCAGCCUUACAGGACUAGUGGUUGUAGUUCUGGUUCCUACCCCCUGGGCUUCCUGGAAUCACGCCAGCAUGGACACACUUAGUGUGGGCUAACCUCCCGGCCCGGUGUGGGUGAAGUGGUUCAGCCAUGUAAAACCUCCAGCGCUGUCAGACCACAAACAGACAAGCGAGAGAUACUGUUCUACUGACAGCUCUGCUGGAACACUGAGAGAGAAAGAGAAGAGAGAGAGAGACAGAGACAGAGACAGAGAGAGAGAGAGGAGGGGGAACGUUACAAAGUCAGAGACAAUGGAUGCGCUACAGGAGCGACUUCAUUAUAAAGAUAGUGCUUCAGGACAGGCUGCUAAGAUGUCAGUGUUACUAUUACUGAAGGAGAUGUUAAAUAGAUACACUGUAACGAUGAUAUAUGUUUUGUUUAUUGUGAGUGGACCGGGUUAUGUAAGACAAUAUAGGAUUCUUCUUGCGUUGCAAGAAAGCAUGUUUGAAUAUGAAGUUGAGCUUUUUUGUGUCACUCUUAUUGACCUGAGGAAUUAAUCUCAAUCACGCAGCUCAAGAAUAAUAUUUUAGUAGUCCCACACCGGAAACCCCACAUCCAGCUUUUGAUUGAAUAUUACCCCUCAGUCAGUCUGUGAGCGGAGUCCCUGUCUUUAUAAUGUCAUCAACAUCAUCAUCAGUGAUAAAUGCUCAUUCCCACAUUGUUUGUGUUCUAUCUUGGUUCCCGGGUGUGUUCGAUGACAGAGAUCCACUCCCUUCCAUUCAACACACACCAGCCACUUUAUUUGUUCCUUGUUGCCACAAACUGGAAACCGAAACCCCAGUGAAAGCCAAGUGGAAGAGGCGCUUUUUUUUUUCUCAAUGUGAAUAUGUAUUUGUGUUCAACGGACGUAAACAGACACAGCUGUCCACCAUCACUACCUUCUUCUUGAUUUAUACUUUGACUAAAUCUCACAAUACUCCAUAAAGUUAGAUUGAGGGCUCUUCUAUCAUUGCAAUUAUUUGCUCAGUAUAAUUUGUUGGCUGACGGGAAUUGAAUUCUGGGGUCUGUCCUUAACCCAUAGGAAGUCCCACCCAGUUGACGACUUUCAACAAAAUGUUGAAAGUCCUCAAUGGCGCCACCCAUGCGAAAACAUGUGGCAAGUGAGCCCUCUAUCCAACUCUAUGCAAUACUCUCAAACAGCUGGAAGCCAUUUGUUUUUUUUUCUUCUGUUGCGUGUACUCUUAGUUGAGAAUGCUCCAAAACAUCAUGGAAACCAGAGACAAAAUAUAAACGAUGCUUCCCAAUAACUUAAGAUGGAUGCUAGCGGGAUGCAUCCCUCAUUAGAACAUUGAGGGCAUAAACAAAAUGGCAAAGAAUCUAAUGAUAUAAAAACUGGUGGCCAAGAGAAUUGGAAAUAUGUUUAAAAUGGGACCAGACCCAAUUAUGAUAAUAGUUAGCACAUAUUUAAGUUGGUUUGUUAGUGGUUAUGUAGAGCUGUGAGAAUCAGAUGGCCCUUAAAGGGGAAGUUCACCCAAAUUACAAAACAGUGGCCAUGUAAACAAAGCCUAAGCAUGGAUUCCAUAGACUGCUUUCAGGGGAAGAAAAACAAUAUUUAAUUUUGUAGUUUGGGUGAACUAUCCCUUUAAUGAUAAACAGUUAUCUAUCUCACCAUUAUUGUACAGCCAGAGGUAGUUUAGCGCAAUACCUGCCCAUUUAACCCAUUUAACCACCAAAUAUGUCAGACGUGUUCCGAUCUCAAAAGUAGUCUAAUAUCAAGAUGAGUCCACGUCCCAUAGUUGUGUAGAUCCAGCUAAUUUAUAUGCCUCAACCCCGAAUGAGUGGAAAAGAUAAACACCAAAUAAAAUCAGUAAAUGAUGGUGCUUCCAUUUACAACCGAUGGCCUGGGAUGUGAACUUAUCUCAACAUAAGACCAAUUCCCAGGUCUGAACGCAUCUGACAAACUUUGAGUUUGGUAUAAACUGUCCCUUUAAGCAGGACAACCGAAUGUGUUUGGGUUAGAGUGAUGCCUCCAUAGAACUAAAUAGAACAUUUCUAUGGAAGCCACUACAUUAUCUGGGCGUUUUGAAGAGGGCUAUGAGGGCCAUAGAGUCUUCCAUUGAGUGAGGUGAAUGUGUGUGGCAAUCAGGCUUUUUAGUUGUACUUUUCUCAGAGUGAAGAGAAGUUUUUUGGCACCCUCUCGCAAUGUGCUUUUAAAUCAACUGGGGGGUUGGGAACCCCACUCUGUCCAUCUCACUGUAGCUCCGCUCCAAGCUCUUAAUAUCUCUAAUUAGGUAAUGGAGCGAUAACAUUUAUUUAGGCUGUAGUAAGCACUUUUCUCUUUUCCCAUCUCCUGCACACACAGACACACUCUCUCACGCAUACACACACACCCACAUACACUCUCUCUCACACAUGCACACACACGCACCCCUCCCCCGGCACACACACACACACACUGCACCCACCCACACACACCAGCAGCCAACAGCAGUUGCCCCUGGAGACAAUAUUAAUGAUUCUCGUUGAGGGCUCCAGUUAAGGUGUUCCUUGCCAAGCACUUACUCCCACCCUUGUCCAUAUGCCAAGUGUUGCACACACACCUCUCAAGAUGAAACUAAACCUGAAGUUAAAGUGCCGUUUUCAAAAACAGCGUCGGGGUGAGUUUUGGGAGGUCGAGGUGGAGGGCUAGGCCUGAGCAGUCCUAAGCACCACUCUCAGUGAUGAUACUCAUUAGUAUCUCAUGAUGAUCACACCACAUCCCAAUGCAGUGGGUGGAAGCCAGGAGGGAACUGUGUUUGAUUAUCUGUGAGCUCAAUGCAUAAUCUAUUUGUAUGAUGAUGAUGAUGAUGAUGAUGAUGAUGGUACAAUUGUUUGCUGAUACUUUACUUGGGCUUUGCACCUCUGUGAGCUAUGUGGAAAGUGUGUUUGAAAUAGUUAAAUGAAUGUGAUGAAUAUAGUAUGAUCUGUGAUAAUAAAGUGAUAUUUUUAAACAUUGUGGUAUGUGUGUGUAUGCCAUUGGGCUUUAGCAGCCCCAUCACAUAUUAUAGUAAUUAAUUAGUGUAAUUAGUAAUUACAGUGAAGGAAGAUUGACAUAGACAGUUUACAUUAUUGCAUGAAACUAAAAUGUACUGUUUGGAUGCUUGGCAUUGUACAUACGUUGAAAAAACAUUCUGUUGUAUCGUCUUCUCUCAUAGAUAAGAGACCAGAGUUUGGAGACAGCAGACUUUUUAAUGGCAGGAACCAGUUAGAUGGAGGUAAGUGCUUCCAUCAACUACAAUGUAUUUUAUGUGUCCAUUACUACAAUACAUUUUUCCAAAUGUGAAAAAGUGCCUAGUUUCUAAUAACCAUGCAUCUCUCUUUUUCUCUCUCUUCUCUCUCUCCUGCCUCUCCCUCUCUCUCUCUUUUCCUCCUCUCGUCCAGGCUGGGCGUUCCCUGAGGAGUUUAGUACGGCCGCCCCGUCCUCCGAGCCACCGGAGACGCGCGUCUCCUCCUCGGCGGAGAAGGACAACUCGUGGCUGUACACGCUGGACCCCAUCCUGGUCACCAUCAUCGUUAUGAGCUCCCUGGGCGUGCUGCUGGGCGCUGUGUGCGCCGGCCUGCUGCUCUACUGCACGUGCUCCUACAGUGGCCUGUCAUCGCGUAGUUCUACCACGCUGGAGAACUACAACUUUGAGCUGUACGACGGCCUCAAGCACAAGGUGAAGCUCAACCAGCAGCGCUGCUGCACCGAGGCAUGAGGAGAAAUAGUAAAGAGAGGAGAGGGGUAGAGGAAAGGAGAGAGGCGGACAUUUUGAGGAGAUUAUCUUCUCCUUUGUUUUCUCUGGUUUGCUUGGACCGUGAAUUUCCUUUCUGAGCUGAAGGACUACACCUGCCAGAUGGAAGGACAUUUUGGGGAAAAGCCACUUUUUAGACUGAUCUUGAGACCCCUCCCCCCAUGCUUCACUCAAAGUAGUGCAGUCCAGGGUGGGGUUUUCUGGACCAAAACCAAUGAGGGAAGGACUGGGGAUUUCCCAGAGCGGUCCCUAUAGCGGACUGUUCCAUUGCCGGGGGGUGUUAAAUCAAAUAUCAACACAUAUCAAGCCGCAAAUACCUACUUUUCCCCCCAAAAAUGGAGAACUCCAUAUAAAUACAUCAUCGUUUUCUAGGUCUAGUUUUUAAACUAGGAAGACGGUAGGCUAAACUCAUUGACACAGACAACGCCUUAGACAGGUGAUCAUUUAGUGCUUAGAAAGUGUGUUUCUCUAUCACAUGGACACAGUGGCCUAGAACCUAGUGAAGUGAAUUAUUUAUGAAGCGUUUUUGUUCAGUUAGACUCUUGCGUCUCUGUAACACAUCAGCCUCAGUUCUCCACCCUGUUUUCUGACAGGUCUGUGGUAUUUUUAGACUAAGCACUGUCUUUGGUGUAUGUCUUUUUGUUAUUUGUUCCGACCUUAUCUGUUUUCUUUCUCGUUUUGGCCCGUCGCCAGCCUGUGAAUGCUGAUAAAGAUAGAAGGAGGGAAUGGGGGAAGGAGGGAAUGGGGGGUUCUAGUCAUGUUCUGUUCUAAACGUGUUCUGUUGAAGAUAGAAAGCAAAGGAGUUUAUUGUUAGAUUUAGUUUCAGGCUGUUGUUGCCGGUGGGUUGUAUCGAAGAGAAGGUCGAAGGACGUGUUUACAGUAAACUGUGGUUAGGUGAAGCAAAAGGUUAAGGUGAAGAUGGUUUUGGUCAGUGCAACCCAUGGAUUGCUGGGAAAUCCAGGCAGACACUGAAUAGCCAUCUACAAAUGAGAACAAAAAAUAAAUAAAAUAAUAAUAAAGAACUUAAAUCCUAAAUCAACCUCUCUCCGGGGACAAUGUUCUCUGUGUGUUGGAUGAGGAACAAAUGAACGAUAAAACGCACAGUGGGAUACAUAUUUUUUUUAAAUAUAUAUAUUCUAGACCAUUGAUUGGACAGUGGACACACAUCUGAGCUUUAAGUCAGCGAUUAGUAGAGGAAAUACCAAUGGAAGGACACCAUUUCCUCAGAGUGGACCAAUGUGGUCUUGUUGUCAUGGUUCUUCACUCGUGCUCUCCUCGUUUGAUGUUUGUUGCUCUUGUUUUCACACUCUGACUCCAUUUUGUGUUGUCACGGUGAGGCUGGAGUUUUAACAGGACACAGGUUUAUGGGGAGAGGUAAAUCAGGAGGAUUUAAACACACACAUCGGCUCCCUCUGGACUCUCUAGCCUUGUGAAGGAGGAGAGGGAAAGAGAACAGUAAAUCUUUCCGCUGUACCUCAGACUUCUCACUUUCACACACACUGUCACACACACUCAUGCAUACACAGCGUGCACAUGCUAGCACACACACACACAUCAACACACCGAAGACGGAGUAUCCCGGUCAUUCUGAUGAAAUGCUGGGCAUGUAUAGGGCUGUGUGCGUCUGGAUGCACUGGAGUGGACCCAGGCUAGUGCUGACCGAGAGGCCCCGGUUGUUGGGGGGGUCGCUGGGCCGUGAGGUAGAGUCUAUCCCCUACACCCCACCAACCCACCUUCCCUCUCCUAUCCCAGAGGCUCUCAUCACUGGACCCCACUGACUCUCUUCCAAGUGCCUUGGAGCUUCUGUGAUCCAGCUUGCCUUUGGAGCCCAUAUCAGAUUACAGAUACAGAACAGUAGCCUAAUCUGUCUGGGCAGGAGGGGCUGAAACGCACCUCCCUGGGCAAGAAUGGGUCAAACUCACCCCUCUGGGCAAGCGAGGGGCUAAACCUCACAAGGACCACCCUGACACUGGUUAGACCUAAUUGUUGCUUGGGGACUUUGUACAGAAAUGUUCUUUUUAUGGUUGUUAUUAAUAUUGUUAUUAUGAUUAUUUAAUAAAG